ACGAUGACAAUUAAAUAAUGUAUAAUAGCAUAGGCUAAAAUUAUACGAAACUAAAAAUUCAUGAUUAAAUAGGUUACAGGUCAAAGGUGAAUGGUGUCAGGUCAAUCUGGUCGUCCGUACAAAUGAUAAUGAAAAACGGUUAUCUCCAUCAGCUGUUACACCAAACAAUUGUUAUCAUAAUUUUCAUCCAUCUACACCUGACGAAUGGAGAAAUUCACAGGGCCAAAUCAAACCCACUUAAGAACGUUAAGCGGGCCUCUGCAUCGUCACUCAGUUUCAGUGAUUUGGAAGCCGAUACGGACGUGGCAAAGAUGCUUGAACAGGGAAUAUUACAACAAGACGAUGCAGGUGGGGGCACUAUUCAUGAAAUUGUUGAUACCUCGAGAAAUACUUAUGAGAUUUGGAUUUUCUCUAUUCUUGCUGCGAUUUUAGUAGGAUUAAGUGGAAUUUUUCCUCUGCUUGUGAUACCCCUUGAAUCAGGACAGGCACUAAAACACGGAGGUAUGUGUUUUGUGUAGUUUUUAUAUUUGAAUUUUUAUCCAUGAAAAACACCAGUACCAGUUUUAUAAAAUUGAUCAUUGUUUACAAUUUACAUUCACUCUUAAUUUCAAUUAGGCCUAGUUUAUUUAUUAUUACAAAACAGGGUGACAUUUGUCACUUGUGAAUAAAUCUAUUAAAUGUAAAAUAUUCAGUAUUUAGUAGCUAUGCCUCUAUAGUCUAUAGUCUAUAAUACUAUAUUUGUAUAUAAAUUAUUUAUAAAUUAUUAAGUAGCAAGUUUCAGGGUUUUUUUUCAGUUUUCAAUUCAAUUCAUGAUCGUCAUGAAUCAUGACAUAAUUUAAUCACAUAAUCUAUCACUAUCAGCUACAUCAAAAUUAAAAUUAAAAGUAAUAUUUAAAUAAUUGAUUUUAGCAAUAAAAUUGGUAAAGUAAAAUAUUUUUUGUUAUUGUAAUAGUAAUAUGUAAGUCAAGUAACUUCAUUUUUAUUUCUGAUAAUUAUAAAUUUGUCAAAUUCACUUACUAUAUUAAUGUGAUGUUAUGAUUAUAAUUAUAAAUAACUUAGCAUAAUAUCAUGAAAAGUGAUAUUUUUUUUUGCUAGUAAAAACUAAAAACUAGUAAAUUUCCAAGAAAUAAAGAAACCAUUGUCAUAAAUUACUGAUGAUUUAUUCCUUGUACAUACAUGCAGAUUUAUUUACAUAUCGCUGAAUGAACUCAGUAGCCUAUAUAUUAUUAUUAAUAUCAUAGAAGGAACUUGUGCGAGAAUUGUAAUAGUAUAGAAUAUUAAUAUUGAAAUGUAUCAUUGGGCUUUGUGUUAUAUUUCUUGUGGUCAUCAGUUACUUGUUAAAAAACCAUUUGGGACUUACACACCACAACCUUGCAAAUAAAAUGCAUCUCACUAUAUACAUACAUGUUAACAAUUUUUAUAUCAACCCCAUUUUUUUACACUUACUAUACCCCAAACGUAUCCUUCUUGCAAAUUAAAAACAAAUUUGGUAUUCAAAUCUUUCAUUUUGACCAGACCAAUACCUUAAAGAAAAGUGCAUUAAGCUUAAAGACUAUUUAGACCAAUACCUUAAAGAAAAUUUUGUUAAUGCAUUAAGCUUGGAGACUAAGAAUACAAAUAUUUCCAUUUUAUUGUCAAAAUAAAAUUUGUACAAAGCAUGUAUGAUGUGUGCUUACACUUACAGUAUUAAAUUUAUUUAUACAAAAUUUCCAGGAAAAAAAAAACUUCAUUCAACACAACCUCACCCACUUAAAUGAUUUGCUACUGACUUCAUGCCACACAUUUAAUAUUGCUUUCGGCUGUACACAUUACUUUAAAAAAAGAGAAAGAAUAUACCUUUAUCCCCCCUUUUAUGACUAGUUUUAUGCUUUAUUUUUAUGACAACAACAUUUACCUGUCUUUAAAUAGUCCUCAAAAAGAUGUAAAAGUUUGACCAUAAAAAUUUGUUUCAAGUUUAUUGCACUUCUGCUCAAUGAAAACAUACUUUAAAAACUGUUACCUUUUUAGAAAUCUGUGUACUUCUUUGGGUGUUGUUUGGUUUAUUGAUUUACUUAAAUAAGGUGUUAUAUUAUCAAUUUGCUAUCAUAAGGCGUAAGGGAUUGUAAAUCUUAUUAAUUUACUAUCAUACAGUGUUGUUUAUCUAAUCAAAUUACCAUCUUAAGGUCUUUACCUCAAUGUUUAAGGUAUUUAUCUCAUCAAUAUGCUGCAUGCUAUCCUAUGAUGGUGUUGUUUAUUUUAUUGAUUACCUGUCGUAUUAAAAAAGAGUUAUUUGUCAAGCUUCUGGUUAUAAAAGGGAAUCUACUUGGAAUCUCGUAUCAGUAGUUGAGGGAAUACAAGAGAAGUAAACAUUACUUACAGACUCCUCUUGGUCUAGCAGUGGAAACUGCGUGUGGUGGAGAGACCCCCGUCUGAGAGCCUGUACCUGGAUGGGGUGCAGGGAACUCCUCCUGCGCUGUCUGUUCACCGUGGUCAUUGCGUGAACCUAGUUGCUAACAAUACUGUAUUAAUUUACGUUCCACUCCGUGAAAUAUAAAGUCAUAUUGUAUUACAGCUCGGCAUGUCUUUUAAAUAAGUAUUCAAAACAAUACUUCGGUUAGUGACUGUCUUUAUAUGUAAACUUGAAGGAUAGACUAAUUCUAUCAGAACGUUGUUAGAGUUUCUGAAAGUAGACUGGUUAUGGGUCCCAAGUAUGACCUUAAAAUUAAAUAAGCGAACAUAACAAACUUCUUUCCUUUUAACACAAAAAAUGAAAUCAAUGAAUUGUUUGCGACUUCAGUCUGUUGUAUUCUACUUCAUUUUGAAGAAGGGUUAUCAGGUGACCGGACAGUGUGGUAUUUGAGCAGACCGGUAUCGUUAUCCCACUGGCAUCGACAUACCACCGGGAUCAGAAUACCGAUGGGAUUGGGAUCAUACCGGAAGUGGGAUCCAGAAGGAUCAGAAUCCCACUGGGAACUGGUAUACUAACGGCAGCGGGAUACCGACGGAAUAAUGAUGAGGCUGUAGACUGUAGAAUUUCCUUCGUUCCGAAUGUUAUCCCGGCAAAUGCCGGGUAUAUCCGCUAGUAUAUAUAUAUAUAUAAAAGCGAAUGUAUGUUUGUGGGUGGAUUUGUUCCAACGUACGUUUUUACAUGGAUUGAUGGAUCUGGACCAAAUGGCACAUAUAUCCAUUAUUAGCCAGAAUCAAACACAGGGGGGUUUUAAACUAAAAAAAAAUUCCCGUUUGGGGCUUUGGGCCCAAAAUUCGUUUUUUUCUUAAAUGAGAUAUAUAAAUUAAAUUAGUAACAAUAAAUACUCCUACAGGAAUAAAUGGAUCUUGACCAAACUUAGUACACAAACACUCGAUUAUCCAUAUUCAAAUACCUAAGGGUAUGGGACUCAUAAUAUCUAUUACUCGGGGGGCCCCAUUUCAGUUUUCCUUAUAUUAUAGCUAUAAAUAUCAAUAGGCUUAGGCAAUGCUAUAGGUUCUGUGAGAAUAGAUGGAUCUAGGCCUAGAAAGUUCGAUACUUUAAUUUUAAAAAAGGCAUUUUUAAACCGAUUUUAAUGGGACAAAUUUUAAAUUCUAACUCCUUAAUUUAUCUGAAUGAUUUUUAAACCCCCCCCCCCCCCCCCAAAUCUCAGACAUAAAUAAAACGGCAUUUUAUUAAAUGGGCCUCCACCCGGGCCCCUAAUUCAAUUUAAAUGUAUUAUAGUUAUUGUAGUACAAUCUAGUUGUAUAAUAUUUCGCAUUCGAGAAAUAAUUACGUAGAAAAGUAAUUCUUUUUACACGUUUCAUGGAGGAUAUUAAAUUAAAUCUAGAAUGUUCAAGAAGGUUCUAUAUUGUUCUACGGCAGUGGCUCUGAACCUUACCAAUGCCGCGACCCUUCAUUGCAAUUUCUCAUGUUGGGGUGACCCCUCCCCCUCUCAAACAUCAAAUUAUUUUCGUUGCUACUUAAUAAAUAUGUGUUUUCCGAUGGUCUUAGGCGACCCGUGUGUAAGGAUCGUUCGACCCCCAAAUUUGUCGCGACCCACAUGUUGAGAACCGCUGUUCUACGGGGAUAUUUAAUGGGAUCUAAAUAUUUAUUCGAAAAAAAUCGCACUGAGCAUGAUUCCUUAGAAGAACAGGAUCCUAAUGAGGAACGAGAUUCAACAGUGAACUGGAACCCAACGGAUACGCCAUCCCAUCGGGUAACGGGAUUAAACUGGGAUGGGGAUCCUAUCGGGAAAUGGGAUAACAUCGGAAAAGAGGGUCCCUAUGGGGAACAGAGAACGGUAUCCUAACGGGAUCGGUACCAAUCGGGAUCCCACUAUAUAUGUAUAUAGUUUACUGUUUAAGCUGGCGACCCCCAGGGAGAACCCUUCGCGACCCCAAAUGAGGUCACGGCCUAUGGGUUAGGAACCCAUAUACUCCCUUUCUGGGGUAUUUGGGCUAUUCUCUGUGUACAGCAUUUUGGGAAGUUGACAUUUUUAUGCUCCAUGAAAGGAAGCGAAAUCCACGGAUUGACAUCAUUGAGAUGCUUUGAGGUCAAAUAAAUCUCUCAAGAUUAUAAAGAUGGAGUUUUCUUCCAGUUAUUUUAUAGCAUUGUCAACGUCAGUAUUUGUUGUAUCCCACCCCACCCCCGCGAAAAUUAGCUUUGCGGAAACAAAUUUUAGAGCCGGUAGAACAUAAUGUUGGAAUAUAUCAUAUAGCUGGGAGUUGUUGAAAUUAAAGCUUGUUGUAUCGAUCAGAACAACUCAUACAAUCUGAAAAGUGGGGGGUGGAAAGCAAUUUCGGAAGGAAUAAUAGAUUCUGGGGUCUGUAUUAUUGGGGUGGGGGUGGGGGACAAGCCUGCCAUGAAAAUUAAUGAAGUCGGUGCAAAAAAUGAUUUUGUUAUGGAAAAUCUUAAAUUAAUUAUUCUCCGAUAGCCAGGAACCGUAGUUAUUUUAUUUCCAAUUAUCUUCCUGAAAUAACCCCUUUCAACUCCUUUGCCUUUAGAGCUGUGGGUUUUCAACCGGCGGGCCGCAACUCGCGAUACACAGGAGGGUCGCUAAGUGUUUUCAAGGGUAUUGGAAGAUGUAAAUGAAGGGGGGAUGCAAAGCGAUAAAAGGCCGAUUUUUGGGGGCGUUUCAUACAAGCAACUGAGAUGGAAAGACUGCAAUCAGGUGAGGUACAAGAAAAUGAGUGAAACAAAGUAAGGGAAAACCUGAAACGUGUCGGCAAGAAGCCUUCUUGAGUAAAUAAGCAACAUUAAAAACAAUAUAAAAUAAAAAAAUAAACACUUUGCUGCCAUUGUAGUAUCCAAACAGUCCUCCUGCUUACUCCAGGAUACUACAUUGCAGCUAAGUGUUAUUUAUUUUGUAUUGUUUUUACUGUUGUUUGUUCGCCGAAGAAGGCGUCUUGUCGGCACGAUCAUUGUUUUGUUGCGUCCUUUUUUCCCCAGGUUUUCCCAUUCUUUGUUUCGCUCAUUUUCUAUUGCAUCACCGGGUAUCUUAGUAAAUUCGGAUACACAAUUUCAAGCGUUUUCUGUACUACCUUCAGCGAGCCAGCAAAAAGUUGUAGCCGAUACGACCACCGUGUGUCAUCCACAUAACAUUUAGGGCCCGAGCCCCCCCCCCCCCCCCCCCCCCCCCCCCCGACUUUUCCCCCCAUACUUUCGUUACUGUUGCUACUUUCGUCAAACAAUCACCGCCGUAGACCUUUGUUUACACCUGGAUAGAGCGAUGUUCUUCCCUCACCUCAGACAAUCCAUCGGUGUAACCGUGACCGUGAUGCUCUGAGGCGGCUUAGGCCUGGCGACACCUACAGGUCACAAUGUUUACACUCUAAAGAUAGGGCGAUGGAACGGGACUUGAACUCGCGUGGCAUGGCAGUGGUUUCAAUUGGUUAUUGUAACACUGCGCUACAUAUGUUAAUUUCUAUUCUUUACGCCCCUCUUGCUUCAUAAUCAUUAAGUCAAUUAUUAUAUAGCCACGAACAACGAUUAAUAUUUUCGCGUCCCAUUCUGAACUAGUGCGCGUCCCCAGGGAGGUGCGCCCCCAGGAAGGUGCGUCCCAGGAAGGUGCGUCCCCAGGGAGGUGCGCCCCCACAAUGGGGUAGCUAAGAUUCAGUGCCGGAUUAACCUAAAGGCACCUAAACCAAGUCAGUUGGACCAAGUAGCCACUCACUGUUCGAGAAAUAGACGUGGCUCUACUGAAGUUACCAUAAAGGAGACAUGUGUUUAUGGACUUGGGCGUGUAUCGUGGAAACAGGAGUUCUUGAUAUGACAUUGUGAGAAACAAGGGCUGUUUGUGUGACAACAGUAUGAACAUGUGAGAAACCGUGUGUUACGGCUUAUGUUUAGGCAUAUUUUGAGGCACCAUCAUUUGCCCCCCCCCUCCUUUUUUUUUGCUUUGAUUAUAACGUCACCUAGCAAACAUGCUGUGCCACUUCUUACCCAUCCCGCCCUUGAUUGGGAAAAGAUUGUUUACGUUCGAGUGAGUUAUAUUUGUUCUAAAGAAUGAUAUCAAUUGGCGCAAUUUCUAGAAUUUCUUACUAACUAACGCACACAUUCUUACUCUCUUAUGACCUUGGCUAGUACAUUGCCAAUCACUCCAUCUGCUAAGUUGUGCUUUAUAACUAUAACAUGUUCCUCGCGUAUGGCUCUCCCGCCGCUCUGGCCAUCCCUGAAACAUCUAGUGAGGGUCAUUCGGUCAACAUGCUCUAGAACAGCGUUUCACAAUCUGUGGGGCGGUUCACAAUCUGUGGGUCGCACCCCUUUGGGGGUCGAAUGACCCUUUCACAAGGGUCGCCUAAGACCAUCUGAAAACACAUACUCUACAGUUAUAAAGUAUCAACGAAAAUAAUUGUGUGGUUGGGGUCGCCACAACAUGGGGAACUGUAUUAAAGGGUCGUGGCAUUAGAAAGGUUGAGAACCACUGCUCUAGAGUUUCUGGAUCAGGCUCCUAUGCCAACAGAUAGCGUGCCUAUUAUGGUCAAGCCCAUGGGUCUCAAACUCACGGCCUGCGGGCCAUUUGCAGCCCGUAAGUAAGGCAAUAUUUUUUUAGGACCGAUGCCUGACAGCAAAGUUUAGUGUUAAUGCGGGCCAUGCGUUUUCACCAUUCUCAUAUGUAUAAUGGACAAUCCGCGGCGGUUUCAGUCGAAUCUCACAGACUAGUAUAAUUCUGAUUUCUGUUAUUUUUUUUAUAGGUUAGGACGUUGAUUGUUAUGGUAAAACCUUUUAAAAUUGGAAUUAAAGAUUUUAUUUUGUAGCAUUUUGUGAGACAACAUGGCCAAAGUGCCGUUUUGAGAAAAUACGCUUCUAAUAUUGUAUAUACAAAUAUCAAAAGUUUAAUAAGACAGUUAUAGAGUCCCUGUUAUGGUUAAGCCUAUGGGUAAUGCACAACCAUAAUUGCGUAAAUCGUAGCAAUCUGACACAGUAUCAAAGAAUCCCUAUUAAAAUUGCCGCUAGUGUGUAGGAGUGAGGGACAUUCCGAGCCUGUCUGCUUGGUCACUUUCAAAAUAGGGUUAUUCAAAAAGGUCUUUUCUACGAUAAGGCUCACAGUUUUGCAGACUUCGAAACACACAGGGCCACUUUUCAAUUUUUUGCUGACUCAUCGCUUGUUGCGCUUCUGAUAGAUCACAGUGCAAUACUGAGCUUAAGGCUAAGUUCAGGGAGGUGAAUGGAAAAGCAGAAAAUGAAAAGCCUGGACAUUUUAUAAGAGCCCUGCCCUCCAACUUCACUGAGAUGUUCAGGUUGUUCAAGCGGAUCAUAUAACUUUUUGGGAGUACCUAUCUGUGUGGAAAGUUCAGUGAAAAAAUUAUUGAUGAGCAUCUUCAAGCUAUACUGAGGGUCCCAGUUGCUUCCUCACUCAAGCCAAAUGUUAUUCAGCUGUGUAAGAAGAAGCACUGCCAGGUCUGUGGCAAGAAGGAGUAGGAGGAAGUAAGUGAAGCUAGUUUUUGAGAGCCCUUAAAGUUUUUAUUUGUUAUUAAUAAACGUUGAGCAGAUAGCAACAGUUUCACUUUAUUGAAUUUGUAAUCGCUUUUUUGCGGAAUACUUGAUGCGGCCCAGUCUCACUCAGGCUCAACCUCUUGCGGCCCUCGGAGAAUGUGAGUCUGAGGCCCCUGGUCUAGCCUUUUAAAGUAUGUGCCGAUAGGACAGUGCUCAGUGCGCAUCUGUUACUCUAGACUCUGCUACCUGCGACCUAACCCCCACCAAGGGUCUUGUCUGCGAGGAAUUUCUUUACUAGAUGGUUCUGAUUUAACCCUAUAUAUAGCCCGGCAGAUUUCCUAGCCAUGAGAGAAAUUUUAGCUAUACAUCCUAGACAUAUACGAGACAUUACAAUUGCAAGAUUGUACCGUUUAUGUGUGUCUAUAAAUUAAUCUUUGUAUCCCUCGAGUAUUGCUCACUUUUCACUUGCUGUGCUGUAAGUUGAUAUAGUUUUUUUGUUUCAAUAUAUUUAAAUUUUUGUGUUUUAUAGAAUUUUAAUUGUAUAAUUAAAUUGAAUAUUAUUAGGAUCAAUAGCUUUGUUAUAGUUUUCUCUGCAAACUGUUUUCUAAGUCCCUUGUAGCGCAUUUUUUUAUUGUUUAUUCUACCAGCCAAAUCGUAAAAGAGUUUAAAUUUUUUAAACCAUAAGGGUACGCAACACAGGGGGCUGUGUGUGUGACAAUGGUAUGACAUUUGAGAAACAGGAGCUUUAUAUACGUGACACUUGUAUGACCGAACGGUAACUAUAUGUGGGACAUUGUAUGACUAUUUGGGAAACAGCAGCUCUUGAUGUGACAAUAAUAUGACAAUUUUAGAAACUCCCAGCUGUCGCAACCUGGGCCUGUGUAUAUAAAUAAAAGUGAGCUUACCUCACAACCAUCAAAGCUGCUCCAGAAUGAAAGAGCUGACUUUCUAGAGAGGCAAGGGUCUACCCAGCCACAAUCAAAGCGACCGGUGAUCCAGUUGGGGGGUUAAAGUAUGGUGUUACGAACCGUUAUGUGGGUUUGAAAAUUUAAUUUAUCUGUUGUAAGAUUUGGCUCGUAGAAUGAACACUACCUUACAUAGGACUGAAAACCAAUAUACAAAGGAAAACUAUACCAAAGCUAGUUAUUCUUGCAAAAUUCAAUUUAAUUAUACCAUUAUUUAUUUAUUUAUUUAGGCAUUUUUAUAUAGCGCUUACCAUAAAGCUCUAAGCGCUUUACAAUUAUGAAAAACAUGUAAACUAAGUAAAAUAAAAAUGAGACACUAGGAUAGUAACUACUAUACUAUAGAAACAAUGAAAAUGGCUAUAAAACGAGGACACUUUGACACGUUUUGGCCUUUACUUCAGGAUCAACCCGAAACAGAAAAUGAGACAGGGCAAGGAGGGUGCAUCACAGGUCAUAGGCGGACCUAAACAGAUGAGUUUUUAUGGACUUUUAUAUAUAUAUAUAUAUAUAUAUAUAUAUACAUAUAUAUACAUUAAAACUAUAUCAAUUUAAAGCACAGCACGUGAAAGGGUACACUCCUCGAAAGAUGCAGAGAUUAAUUGAGACACACAUAAAGAGUACUCUUGCCAUUAGACAGUCUCGUAUAUGUCUAGGAUAUUUAGCAAGAACCUCUCUCAUGGCUAGGAAAGCUGGCGGCCUAUAUAUAUAUAGGGUUUUAAAUCAGAACCAUCCAGUAAAAAAAAAUCUAGAUAUUGCCUCACCUGAUAGCAUUCUUUAGAACAAAUAGAAGGUAUUUAAACUUCAACAACAUUUACCCAAUCAAGGGAAAACUGCGUGUGUGGGGAGGGGGGGGGUAAAGGGGUGGCAUAGCACAUUUACUGGGUGACGCCAGUAUCAAAACAAAACAAAUGGGAGAAAAGUAGUGGUGGCCACAACGCUAAAAUCAGGCCGUCACACAUGCCAUAACAAUGGUUUAAAGAUAAAAGUCCUCUUUCACGAGGAAUGGUUGAAAGCUGGGUGAAAGGGGACACGGCCCGUAAAACAGAAUAUGCCACACUCAACAAGGAAAGGGGGUCAGUGGUGGAAAUUAUAACGGGAACACCAGAGCCUCAUCAUCCAGAUGAGAACAGAACACUGACCUGCUCGAGCUGUCGUCAUUGCGGACAGGCGCCAGAGACAGUAGUGCACUUGCUAGCCGAGUGCCCGCUACGAAUGAGUGGAGGGGUUGGGAACACCCCAGACAUAGACACAGAAAGUCUGAUCCAAGGCGAUGCCCAGCAGAUGCGUGCCACGUCUGUAAAGUGGAUCCCUGGACAAGCGGGCUAGCCGAGUGCCCGCUACGAAUGAGUGGAGGGGUUGGGAACACCCCAGACAUAGACACAGAAAGUCUGAUCCAAGGCGAUGCCCAGCAGAUGCGUGCCACGCCUGUAAAGUUCUUGUCGGAACAUUAAAAAGCGUUAGCUCGCCCCCCAAAAGGAGAAUGUCAGCUGUAAAAAGUUGGGUUUUUUUAAUUUUAGAAAAUGUGUUAACUGCUAUUAGUAUUAGUCUAGUCAUUGGUGUAUCAACAAAUUUCCAUUUUUAAAUUUAAAAAAUGAACCAAAAACCAAAAAAAAUAAAAAACACAAAACGCAUGCUUUUCAGGCCUCGUUAAAUUGGCUACAACAAUUGAUCGUGAAAUUAUUAUGAAAAUAGAGCAAGAAAAGGGGCAAUAAGCCAGUAUUCGACGGAGGAAUGGCUAUCACAAGCUGGUAAACCUUGUCGGUUUUUUUUAAUGAUUUCUGCUGAUGGACUGACAGUGACGGUGAUGGGUUGCAUUAAUCUUCUAUUAUUCAUACAUCUGACUACAUAUUGGUAUAUACUCCCACGCCUUAAUUUCACAGAGUUGUACAGAUGGCGUUCAUUAGCGAAGAUUUUUUAUUUUUUUAUUUUUGUUGCGUACGUUUAAAACAAAAAUACAAUUAUCGUAAAAACAAUAUUGGUAUUGUAAAAAAUAGCAACAGUAUUAAAAAAAAUAAUGUACAUUGACAUACAAUUAUUUAGAAAGUAGCAGAUAAAGUGGGCGAAAUCCCAUUUUUGACUUUUAGAUUUGCAGUCGGACUGAAUUUAUUUUAAAAUUUGUAAUAAAUAGAAAUUUGCUAUGAAAAAUAUUGCUGUGGUAAAUUAAACUUUUGUUGAUGAUUUCCCAACAGCUUGUAUUGAAGUUUAAGUGUAUGUUGCACAGACCCCCAGCCCCCCCCCCCACCCCAACCCCAAUCUCCAAUAACAAAUAUGCCAGCUUUGCUUGCACCUGUUGUGUUGAGCCAAAAGCCUUGCUAUUUAAAACCAGCGGUCUAUGAUACGAGUUUACUUACGCGUGUGUUUUACAUGCAGUCUUUCAUCCCCGGACAUUGUUUAUCGUCGAGUAACCGCUUGCGUAUAAGUAAAUAUAAGGUCUCUCGGGAUAAAAGGAAAAAUCCUGGAGGGGGGGGGGGGGGGGGGGAGAUAACUCCGGAUAGAAUCCCGCGGACGUCAAACUGAAAGAUAAAUGGACGGAGAAAAGACCCAGAGCGAGAAACCAAAUUGCAAGGUGGUAGACUGGUGUAGAAAAGGAGGGGCGUUCCGCCCCGGGCGUCACUUUUGCUCUAUAUACGAAGGGCGGUAUUUUCGGCCAACUUAGAAUGUAUUUUUUUUUGUCGUUGAGGGUUGGCCCUAGCCCUAGCUAGCUACGCCACGAAUAUGUUGGCGAAUGUUUUCUUGUGUCGCACGCUUUAAUACACGGGGCGCAACACUAAACUUCUACACCCUGCCCCAAAACAAUAAACAAACAAGAAACACAUCAAUUAAUCUCAUAUAUUAUAUUUUACUUCUGGUGUGUCCUUCUUCAAUGUCACAACCGGCCUUCGUCUUACUCAACAUGUUUUAUAGUACGAGUACUGAGUGGGGGGAAAAUGCUGUCACGCAGCGAGCGUCAUGCGUGACGGUUAAACUCAAGCAAAAUGGUGAUGUUUUUUUCUUUAAGACUUUAGAGGGAGGACAGGGAGGUUACUAUUAUUUUAAUCAAUAAAGAGCCACGGGUGUAAGGUAGGAAUGUCUGUAGGACUAUUGUAUCCAGUCCCGAAGGUAGGGUGUAGGACAAUAUGUAGGCAUGUUAUUUAAAGGUCGGCAGGUAGGGUAUAAGACUUUCUGUAAGCUUAUUGUUAAAAGGCAGGCAUAAAUUAUAGACAAUAAGAAGUCACCGGUAACUCUUUUUUUUUUAAACACUUGGACCCAUCGGGUAUUUUCUCAAAAUACCCGGGCCCGGUGUAAAAACUGCACCCGGUUAAGCCCUAGUAAAAAAAAAUAGAGGGUGAUAAUCGUCGGAAACAUGACUGUGUUGGCGUCAAUGAUAUUGUACUGUGAUUCUAAGUACCGAUGUCACAAACAUCUCUUUAAAAAAUCAACAUUUUGAUUUUAAAAAAUGAUAGCCAUAUUUGUGCGACUUUCUUCCUAGUUGUGUUUGCCACAUAGAAUUAAUUGCUCUGUAAGAGAACCUUGUCUUUAACUUUAAUGAAUAAAGAUUAUGGGAUUUAUUUAUUGGCAUGGCUAAUUAACAAGCUACAUGAGACAAGUUAUAAGCGGUAGUCUAUGUAUGUACAUCUGCCAGUAGGCCACAUGACAUGACACGUACACAGUAGUCAUCUGCCAAUUGGGGACAUCAUAUGCCGUGUACACAGUGAACAUCUGCCGUAGGCCACAUCAUUUGCCGUGUACACAAUAAGCACCUGCACAUCCCAUGUACACAGUAAAAAUGUAACAGUAGGCCACAUCACAUCCCAUGUACACAGUUAACAUCUACCAGUAGGCCACAUCACAUGCCACGUACACAGUAAUCAUCUACAAGUAGGGGGCAUCAUAUGCCGUGUACACAGUGAACAUCUGCCGUAGGCCACAUCAUAUGCCGUGUACACAAUAAGCACCUGCCAGGAGGGCAAAUCCAAUGUACACAGUAAAAAUGUACCAGUAGGCCACAUCACAUGCCACGUACACAGUAAACAUCUACCAGUAGGCCACAACACAUGCCAUGUAUACAGUAAACAUCUACCAGUAGGUCACAUCACAUGCCACGUACACAGUAAACAUCUACCAGUAGGCCACAUCACAUGCUACGAUCACGGUAUUUAUCUUGCAGUAGGUCACAAUAUGUAGUACAUGUAAGGUAACCCCGCUACAACUGCGUUGCAAAGAUUUGCGGCUAUUGACUUCGAAUCGUGGCCUUGUUGACAGGGGCCUGUUUGCCUCCCUCCAGUGCGGCACCCACCUUCUCUGAUACACACAAUAUGAAAAGGUCACAGAUAAUAUAUCGCGACUGGAGAUUGAUCUGUCCGCCCCAUCUGUCUCAAUUCCCUCCCCCUUUCCACUUCUCAACCCACGCGAGUUACAAUCCACUUGUUGUACCCUUUUCAAUCCACUUGUAUUAAGAAGUAUGCAGAGUUUCAGAAAUUUUGAUCUGAGGGCGACAUUUUAGAAUGUCCGGGGGAGGGGGGGUGCAAUAAUAAACACCAAAAGAAAGCAUAUUGGUAACCAGCGUCAGCUCUUAAUCCGGUGCCCACGCCCAAAAAUAAAUUGAAUUCACCCAGUUUUGGUGCCCUGGGAGUAUGCCCAAUAACCCCAUCUUCUUUCCGCCCUUGGAUUCUAUAAAGACAAAUAUCGUACAACUCUACAGAAUGAAGGGAAAUAAUAUUUUUGUCAGUUAAGAAAAUCUAUAUCUCUUAUAUAUAUUUAGCUUUUGGUGCGGCUGCUUCUUUUUCACAACCGACUCUCCUCCUCCUAAUCAUGUUUUAUAUUAAUAGUACUGAGUGGGGAAAAAAAUAAUGUCAAGUAGCGAGCGUCAUGCGUGACGGUUGUACUCGGGUAAAAACGUUCAAUUUUUUCGGAGGCGAAAAUUAUAUAUAUCAAUAAAGAGCCACAUGUAUAGUGUAGGACUGUCUGUAGGACUGUCCUAUUUUUUAAAAGCUGGCAGGUAGGGUGCAGGACUAUUGUUUAAACGCUGGCAGGUAGGUUGUAGAACUGUAUGUAGGACUAUUGUUUAAAGGCCGGCAGGUAGCGUGUAGGACUGUCUUGAGACAUAUUGUUUAAACGCCGGCGGGUAGGGUGUAGGACUGUGUGUAGGACUAUUGUUUAAACACCGGCAGGUAGGUGUAGGACUGUGUGUAGGACUAUUGUUUAAAUGGCGACAGGUAGGGUGUAGAGUUGUGUGUAGGACUAUUGUUUAAACGCCGGCGGGUAGGGUGUAGGACUGUGUGUAGGACUAUUGUUUAAAUGGUGACAGGUAGGGUGUAGGACUGUGUGUAGGACUAUUGUUUAAACGCCGGCGGGUAGGGUGUAGGACUGUGUGUAGGACUAUUGUUUAAACACCGGCAGGUAGGUGUAGGACUGUGUGUAGGACUAUUGUUUAAACACCGGCAGGUAGGUGUAGGACUGUGUGUAGGACUAUUGUUUAAAGGCCGGCAGGUAGCGUGUAGGACUGUCUUGAGGCAUAUUGUUUAAACGCCGGCGGGUAGGGUGUAAGACUGUGUGUAGGACUAUUGUUUAAACACCGGCAGGUAGGUGUAGGACUGUGUGUAGGACUAUUGUUUAAACACCGGCAGGUAGGUUUAUGACUGUGUGUUGGACUAUUGUUUAAAUGGCGACAGGUAGGGUGUAGGACUGUGUGUAUGACUAUUGUUUAAACGCCGGCGGGUAGGGUGUAGGACUGUGUGUAGGACUAUUGUUUAAAUGGCGACAGGUAGGGUGUAGGACUGUGUGUAGGACUAUUGUUUAAACGCCGGCGGGUAGGGUGUAGGACUGUGUGUAGGACUAUUGUUUAAAGGCCGGCAGGUAGCGUGUAGGACUGUCUUGAGGCAUAUUGUUUAAACUCCGGCGGGUAGGGUGUAGGACUGUGUGUAGGACUAUUGUUUAAACACCGGCAGGUAGGUGUAGGACUGUGUGUAGGACUAUUGUUUAAACACCGGCAGGUAGGUGUAGGACUGUGUAGGACUAUUGUUUAAAGGCCGGCAGGUAGCGUGUAGGACUGUCUUGAGGCAUAUUGUUUAAACGCCGGCGGGUAGGGUGUAGGACUGUGUGUAGGACUAUUGUUUAAACACCGGCAGGUAGGUGUAGGACUGUGUGUAGGACUAUUGUUUAAAUGGCGACAGGUAGGUGUAGGACUGUGUGUAGGACUAUUGUUUAAACGUAUUGUUUAUAGAAAAUGAAAAAGUUAACUUCCUUUUUUUUAAAUAGCACUUGGACCCACCGGGUAUUUUCGCAAAAUACCCGGACCCGGUGUAAUAAAACUGCACCCGGUUAAGCCCUAGAUUAUUUGUGUUACUAACAUCUAUAGGUUUCUCGGUAUAGAUGCAAAGUUGCCAGUAGUGUACCUUUGAUCGGGGGUAGGGGAAGAGGAAAGUAACCCCACCCCAAGAUCUUUUGAGAAAUUUAAAACCUAGUUAUGCAUAUUGGCAAAUGCCUGACUUCAGCUUUGCAUCAAUCCACAGAAAAGAUGCUUGGAAACAGGUGUGUCUUAACCUGGUUCUUUUUAUAAUAUUACCUAAUUAUUUUUUAUUCAUUUUUACUUAUUGUUAAUCUUAUUUUAUAAUUUUUAAAAAACAACUCUUUAUUUGUUUCACUUGCUUCGCUACUAAAUAAAUAAUACAAUAAUGUAGUCCAAAUAAGCACUGGUACGUCGUGCCGGCACGUAACGUCAGAUUGAUCUACUGACACCAUAAUACAUAUUGAACGAAUAUGAAACAAAGCUUUAAUAAAUUAGGCGUACAUUUUCUUUGAUAAGAAAUUUAAUUUUUUUCUAAAAUAAUGAUUUUUGUAGUAGAUUGCGUCUAUAGAUCCUUUGUGAACAUUUAUAACGGGUUCUUUUUGGUUUUUACCGCAUGCAUAAAAGCUGUUCCUCCACUUUAACUCAUCAAGCAUAUUAAUUUUCAACAAUUCUAGGUUAAAAAAUUGACGAUUCUUAAAAUAAUAACUUGCAAAUUGUAAGGGGCGUUUAUUUAUUCAAUUCUGAUAUUUAAAAGAGAAAAGCAUUUCAGAAUUGUAUGUCUAGGCAUCUAUGUGCAUUUAAAAUUUCUUUUUACCUUGUGUUGUACGGUAAACUGCGUCACAAAAGCAAUACAUGUCAAGCAAGUCUAAGUACAAACGAUUUAGAUUUAAAAAUCAUGGAUGAAACGUGCACCAUUAGUAAGCGCAUGAUGAAUCUUAAUUUGUUCACAAAUGUCUUGAAUUUAACACACACACACAAAAAUCAUUCUUAUCCAGCUCAGAAUUCAUGAAAUCAAUUUAGAAUGAUGUUAUUAUUUUCCCAGAAAGAUGAUUUUUAUAGCCCACCCUAUUUCAAAGUUGAUUUUUUAUCUCAAAUAGAAAUUGUAAUCAGAUGAUCAAUGUAGCAUAACUAAGGUAAGACACAGUGCGUUAAUUGCUCUAAAGAAAUGGAAAUGUGAUUUGAUUACAUUGUAAAUAUUCAUGUUCAGCACAUAGCUAAGUAUUUUUAGCAAGAACUAAAUAUUCAAAAUAUUUGAAUUAUAUGCAUUAAUAACGUUGGGAAGGUAGGUUUAAUAAAAAAAAAUAUUUGGAAUCGAAUCAUAUGUAUAGAUUUGCCUUAAAUAGUGGGAUCAUAAAAUAUAUCCAACGAUUCGAUAUUUGUUUGUAGUAUUUCACUAAUUUAAACUGGUGACAUUUAGGCCUACCAUUUAGUACUCUCUUUAAAAUGUUUUGAAAUAACAUUUUACGUCUUUUGACAAAGGUCUAUAGUUUUACGUUCUUGCUGUACACCCCCCCUCCCCCUAGAUUUCUGAAAUGUGGACCUGUUUGACCGUGUUAAUAGUGUUAUUGCUGCCAAAACUUUUGUUCCACAUCUAUUCCCAUAAUGCUCGAAAUGAUUUCUAUUUCUAAUAUCAAGAUGUGUUGAUUUGUAUAUUGAAUAAUUAUUAUUUAAUAAGAUUAAAGCACUUAUUAUGUACGGAAAGAAAACCGCAGCCCCCCUCCCCCAACACCCACACACAUCCUCAUUAGCGAGACCUUAAGGAGUCGAUAGAGUAUGUUUGAGACUCACUGGCUUUACACUUUCCCUUACACAGCGAAUUAACGGUCACACAUGACCAUCAGCUUUCUGUUCACUGCGGGAAGAAAUCAGCCGAGAAGCCGGAUGGCAAUCAAUACAUUAAGUUUCGUGUUUUAAUAAGACGGUUACUUAUCGUCGCACAGUUGAUCAACGGUACCUGGCCAUUGUGUCACACACUUUACCAACGGUACCUGGUCAUUGUGUCACACAGUUUACCAACGGUACCUGGCCAUUGUGUCACACAGUUUACCAACGCUACCUGGCCAUUGUGUCACACAGUUUACCAACGCUACCUUGCAUUGUGUCACACAGUUUACCAACGGUACCUGGCCAUUGUGUCACAUAGUUUACCAACGGUACCUGGCCAUUGUGUCACACAGUUUACCAACGCUACCUGGUCAUUGUGUCACACAGUUUACCAACGGUACCUGGCUAUUGUGUCACACAGUUUACCAACGCUACCUGGCCAUUGUGUCACACAGUUUACCAAAGCUACCUGGCCAUUGUGUCCCACAGUUUACCAACACUACCUGGCCAUUGUGUCACACAGUUUACCAACGCUACCUGGCCAUUGUGUCACACAGUUUACCAACGCUACCUGGCCAUUGUGUUACACAGUUUACCAUGGUACCUGGCCAUUGUGUCACACAGUUUACCAACGCUACCUGGCCAUUGUGUCACACAGUUUACCAAAGCUACCUGGCCAUUGUGUCCCACAGUUUACCAACGCUACCUGGCCAUUGUGUCACACAGUUUACCAACGCUACCUGGCCAUUGUGUCACACAGUUUACCAACGCUACCUGGCCAUUGUGUUACACAGUUUACCAACGCUACCUGGCCAUUGUGUCACACAGUUUACCAACGGUACCUGGCCAUUGUGUCACACAGUUUACCACGCUACCUGGCCAUUGUAUCACACAGUUUACCAACGCUACCUGGCCAUUGUGUCACACAGUUUACCAACGCUACCUUGCAUUGUGUCACACAGUUUACCAACGCUACCUGGCCAUUGUGUGACACAGUUUACCAACGGUACCUGGCCAUUGUGUCACACAGUUUACCAACGCUACCUGGCCAUUGUUUGACACAGUUUACCAACGGUACCAGGCCAUUGUGUGACACAGUUUACCAACGGUACCUAGCCAUUGUAUGACACAGUUUACAAACGGUACCUGGCCAUUGUGUCACACAGUUUACCAACGCUACCUGGCCAUUGUGUCACACAGUUUACCAACGGUACCUGGCCAUUGUGUCACACAGUUUACCAACGCUACCUGGCCAUUGUUUGACACAGUUUACCAAAGCUACCUGGCCAUUGUGUGACACAGUUUACCAACGGACCUGGCCAUUGUGUGACACAGUUUACCAAUGCUACCUGUCCAUUGUGUCACACAGUUUACCAACGGUACCAGGCCAUUGUGUGACACAGUUUACCAACGGUACCUAGCCAUUGUCACACAGUUUACCAAAGCUACCUGGCCAUUGUGUCACACAGUUUACCAACGGUACCUGGCCAUUGUGUGACACAGCUUACCAAUGCUACCUGGCCAUUGUGUGACACAGCUUACCAAUGCUACCUGGCCAUUGUGUGACACAGUUUACCAACAAUACUUGUCAUUUCACGGCCCGUAUAUCUACCGACGCCAUCACGACACGUAAGGGGUUAAUAGAGAUUAGAGGAGAUAAAUAACAUCGCCACAACAGAAGUAAAUUCAUUGUCACCACAAGCUGCUGCGGUCAUCACGCGACCAGCCACGUCAAUGUCUGCGGCAAUAGGGGGGGGGGAGUCUUACUUGAUCCACUCAGUAAACAAAGCUUUAAAGUCUUCCGGGAUCACAGUUUUACUAUCAACACGUAUACACCGAAACUAGUAUCCCAGUAAUAUCCAUCACCACUGUUUGAUUCGGAACGUAUAAUAAUAUAUCACCAGUGUUCCAUCCUGCCAUAGAUCGCCUCAGGCAGAAAUGAAGCCAUACAACCCCCCACCCCCCUAUGUUGGCACACAAUCCAAUCACAGAACAGAAUGAAGCACAUUUCACGGACACAAGUGUCAGAACUGUGAUGCCGUAGUGUCAUAAUCGUAAAAAGAAUUUUUGUCUUAAAUGUCACUGGCUGAUUACCGGAAUCCUAACCAAGUGAAUGCGCGAGGCAAGCAGCAUACAGCACCGGUAAGAAAGAUCAGCCACUCUCCUUCAGGCUGGAUGCUCACUCUAUCCAGCGUCUACAAGGAGUCGGCCCAGUGCCCAGCUAAUGAACAUAUUGGAACGACGGACGGCAAACGAAAAUCACAAGAAUUCCCCCCUCCCCCAAAUUACCCGCCCCCCACUGCAAAAUACCUACAAAUCGUGCCCUUUGUUUUGAUGGCUUAACGAGAUGUUCUCCCCUGGUUUAUCUUUUUUGCCACCAGGGUUUCGAGGGGGAGGGGUUGCCCAAACCCACCCAAAACUCUCCUUCUCAAAAAUCAACUAAAAUGUUUAUUGGUGGGUUUUCCCUAAUGGCAUGUAUUGAAAUGAAGGCAGUGCCUAGAAAGAAUGUUUCAUAAUUGACCCCCUGCUUGUUUUCGGGUGUAAUAUAUCAUUUUGUCUGCUAGCUCGGGGGGGGGGGGGGGGGGGGUAAAGGUUAUGAAGUGAGCAGUUAUGGAGAGAGGGUGGGGUGCAGUCGUUGUGCGCGCCGACCGGGGUGUGGCGUAGAUAUAUUAAAUGGCUACCCCGGCCAUAUGUUAUAAUCCACCCGGCUCAUCACAAUCGAUCUAACACGCCCCGAGCAGUAGCAACGUGUACUGGUGUUUUGAAAAGCAAGAACUAGUUACAGGAUAUUUACACUCCAGUUAGUAGGUUCUGUUGUGGAACGGAUGGAAAUCGGGAAAUCCCAUUAUUGGGUGAGCCAGAAUUUUUAAAACAAUCGCUAGAUUUAUUUUAAGACUGGCAGUUUUAAGGUGUCAAAAUGAAAUGAGUCUAGGAUGAGGGCCUUUUAUGACAUAAAGCCGACACAUUCUGUUGUAGUAAAGAUAAAAGCUCAUUCAGUAAGUUCUAAGAUGGAUGAUAGAACUACUAUAAUUUCCUGAAGCACAGGGCGCAUUUCCUUAGUCAUUUUGUCUUAAAGCAAUUAUAUAUUUCAAUGCCUAAAUGCCCCGUAGGCGUUCAUGAAUGCUCAGUUUCCCGCCACCUGACCCUAUCCCAGUUCCACCUCCGGUUCCGACGGAUAGGCCUACGUCAAGAGGACCACGGUGUCACGUGGCUGUUGGAACACUCGCUUGUUAGCAUCCCCACGUGUCGUCUGAUAAAAGCCUGAACGGAAUUCCAAAAUUUGUUACCUACCAGAUAUGAGCGCCGGAUGGUGGCAUUUCUGGCUCUAUUCGCUUCUACUGAACGUUUUGCCAUUUGGUCGUUACCCCCCUCCUACUUCCUCCAUCCUCCCUCUCUCCUCACUCCUUCCUUUUCCCUCACUCCUUCCUCCCUCUCUCUACUUUUUCUCUUCCUCCUUCCUCUCUCGCUCCUUUACCCUUCCUCCCUCUCUCCCCCCUCUGUCCCUCUCCCCUUCCUGCCUCCGCCCUACCUUUCUCCCUCCUCCUUUCAUACUCCUCCUUCCAUUUCCUCCCGCCACCAGAACAACAGUAUUUUUUUUCUUCCCGGCAACCCUUCUGUUCUUAAAUUCGAGACUUAUUUAUUAUCUUAAGACCGUUACAAGCAGACGUGCGUAGGUGUGCACUUUGCAUCGUUAUUUGCACAUUAGGGAAACAUGUGAAGGGGGUAGAGUGAGGAAUGCGCGUGUUGUCAAUGGCUACUUGAUAUCUUGAUGCAGCAUUUAAAAGAAUAUUUUUUUUCAAAACUACAUGACCACACAUUCAUUUGAAAAGUAAGUAGGUAACUUAUAGAAAUUAUCCGUCAAAAAGUAUUGGAAGACAAUAUAAUGAUUUUUUUUUUCUUUCGAUUAUUUAAUUAGAGUAGAAAUGUAUUUGUUAAGUAAAAGGGUAACUACUAGAAAUGAUCCGUACAAAAUGAUAGGGAGAUAAUAUAAUGAAAUGUGAAAAUUCAGAUUUAAGAGUGCAGCUAUGUUAAGGCUAUGUUAAGUACACAUGUUGAAAAUGGGACAAUGGGUGUUCACUUUGUGCUUUCUUGAAAUGGUGUCGAGAUGUGGUUUACUUUUAACGUCAAGUAGGGUGACCAAACGUCACGAUCGUACCCGGUAUCCCGAACAAGUCCCUCGGGACGCCUAAAUGUCCCGUUUAUAAAACCAAACAUAUUUUCAAAUCACUAAACUUCCUAAUUUAUAAUAUAACUUCAAGUAAUAUUUUGGCUAGCUGUGUAGCCAGUGCCAGUAGUGAUGUGUGCUCGCGUGAUAGCUGCAUUUAAUUUGUUGUGUUUUAUUAUGUUGUAAAAUAUAUAUAAAUAAAUAAGUGCGGUAUUCAAUGCAAAAUUAUUGUUUUCGUUUAUGAUAUGCCUCAGAGUUUAAAUUAAAUUAAAAGUCUCAAAAUAGUUAAAAUAAGCAUAUUUCAAUAAAUAGUUUCCGGCGGAGGCCCCCGAAUCCCUCUUUAGCUGGAGGGUAUCAUCCCCCCUCCCCCGCAAACCCCUCUUGGUUGUGUCCCUUUUUUCCAGUUCAUGAUUUGGUCUCCCUGCCCUAACGUAAAGGAUUUCCCUUGCGGGUGAGCAUCCAGGGCACGUGAAUGCUAUGGUAUAAGUAUUUACAGUUGGUUACUUUAAAGAAUGUGGUGACUUUCUUUGUGAUUUGAGGAGUAGGGGGUGAUACGAAGGUAACGGUUAAUAUUCAAACAUUUAUCAUUAUGAGAUUUAUACAAAAAAGGUGCAAUUCAAGGGGAACUAUACUAAUAGCCAUCAGACACGACAGGGCUCAAAUUUAUACUUUCCCUUGUUGGCAUGAAGACUGACUUGACUCAAAUCUGGGUGAAAGUCCGCCCCCUAAGAGAGCAGAGGUCGCUUUGUCUUCUUAUCCGUUCUCCACAAAUUAUUUAAUCCUUUUGACUGAUGUCAAAUCUAUACCUAUCGAUAUCAAGGCGUCCCGAGGCCUAAAAAGAUACGGUAUAAGUGCAAUCAAAUGGAAAAGGGCAUACUUUUUUUUUCGGUAACCUUAAUUGGACAACUCGCACAGAUGUGUUAUACGCUCAUUAUUGUUCCGUCCUUUUUAAGUCAGGUGUUCCAUCGUUUUAAUUGAUCCCACAUACCAACUCUAAAAAUGAAAUGACACGUUUGUCCGUCAUUCGUGAAGACUUGUUUUACUCGGCUCGUUUGACUGAUGUUGUGUCUAAAGGUAGGGGCAAAUAUUCUAAAGGUACGGGCAAAUAUUCUAAAGGUACGGGCAAAUAUUCUAAAGGUAGAGGCAAGUAUUCUAAAGGUAGAGGCAAAUAUUCUAAAAGUAGAGGCAAAUAUUCUAAAGGUAGAGGCAAAUAUUCUAAAGGUAUGGGCAAAUAUUCUAAAGGUACGGGCAAAUAUUCUAAAGGUACGGGCAAAUAUUCUAAAGGUACGGGCAAAUAUUCUAAAGGUACGGGCAAAUAUUCUAACGGUACGGGCAAAUAUUCUAAAGGUAGAGGCAAAUAUCCUAAAGGUAGAGGCAAAUAUUCUAAAGGUAGAGCCAAAUAUUCUAAAGGUAGAGGCAAAUAUUCUAAAGGUAGAGGCAAAUAUUCUAAAGGUAGAGGCAAAUAUUCUAAAGGUACGGGCAAAUAUUCUAAAGGUACGGGCAAAUAUUCUAAAGGUACGGGCAAAUAUUCUAAAGGUACGGGCAAAUAGUCUAAAGGUAGAGGCAAAUAUUCUAAAGGUACGGGCAAAUAUUCUAAAGGUACUGGCAAAUAUUCUAAAGGUAGAGGCAAAUAUCCUAAAGGUAGAGGCAAAUAUUCAAAAGGUAGGGGAAAAUAUUCUAAAGAUAGAGGCAAAUAUUCUAAAGGUAUGGGCAAAUAUUCUAAAAGUACGGGCAAAUAUUCUAAAAGUAGGGGCAAAUAUUCUAAAGGUAGAGGCAAAUAUUCUAAAGGUACGGGCAAAUAUUCUAAAGGUAGAGGCAAAUAUCCUAAAGGUAGAGGCAAAUAUUCAAAAGGUAGGGGAAAAUAUUCUAAAGGUAGAGGCAAAUAUUCUAAAGGUAUGGGCAAAUAUUCUAAAGGUACGUGCAAAUAUUCUAAAAGUAGGGGCAAAUAUUCUAAAGGUACGGGCAAAUAUUCUAAAGGUACGGGCAAAUAUUCUGAAAGUAGGGGCAAAUAUUCUAAAGGUACGGGCAAAUAUUCUAAAAGUAGGGGCAAAUAUUCUAAAGGUAGGGGCAAAUAUUCUUAAGGUAGGAGCAAAUAUUCUUGAGGUAGAUGCAAAUAUUCUAAAGUUAGAGGCAAGUAUUCUAACGUUAGAGGCACGUAUUCUAAAUUCUAAAGGUAGAGGCAAGUAUUCUAAAGGUAGGUGCAAAUUUUCUAAAGGUAGAGGCAAGUAUUCUAAAGGUAGGUGCAAGUACUCUAAAGGUAGAGGCAAGUAUUCUAAAGGUAGAGGCAAGUAUUCUAAAGGUAGAGGCAAGUAUUCUAAAGUUAGAGGCACGUAUUCUAAAGGUAAAGGCAAGCUCUAACGGGAGAGGCAAAUUUUCUAAAGGUAGAGGCAAGUAUUCUAAAGGUAGGUGCAAAUAUUCUAAAGGUAGAGGCAAGUAUUCUAAAGGUAGAAGCAAGUACUCUAGUGUAGUGUGUUUGAACUCCCUGUCCGAGGUCAAGUGCCGGUCCACAAGAAUGCCCUUCCGGCCCGCCUUAAUUUACAUGAAUUACGAAGUGCGGUCUAAAAAAGUGACUGCCUGCUCUGUAUUUAUUAUCAGCAAAUUCGGUCACUUCUUUCCAGUAUUUAAAAUAGCAAGAGAAUCUAUAUAUUUAACAUUACAUGUUUAAAAAAAUAAUUUUUUAAUGAUUACAACAAAUUAAGAAUGAAUAAUUGUUUGACCAUCGGCUUCAAUGGUACGAUUAAUCAUCUCUCAUAUGAGCUACGGUCCGAAAUGCAUACAGAUUUUUGCACGGGCGGCUUAAGCAGCGUUCAUCAGUGGCGUACUUAGCAAUAUACCACUGCCCACCGUAUGGGCAUUGCUUUGAAGAGGGCAUCUUGACCUUAAGCGUAGUUUUGACUACAGAUUUCGACUCUUAUUGAUCUCUUUUGGCUCGUCAUAACACACGGUGGUGUUAACACAGACCUAGGUUUGAAAUGAUAAAGGGCCAGGUCUUAAUUAAACCAAUUCUCCCGAAAGAAUAACACUGAAUAACAGAAAGAUUACUCUGAUGGAAGUUUUGUUUUAACCGGUUAGAGAACUUGGCUCUGACACGAACAACAGAACAUCAAAGGUGUGCGUAAAGCCUCUGCUUCCAAUGGGGAAAAUGUAUCAUAUUCCGAAACAACAUUUUUUAAAAAAUGUAAUAUCCUUAUUUGAAAUGUUUACCCCAUUGCAAACAGUUAAUUGGCUUAAUAAAGUUGCAGAUAUGUAAGUAAGUCGAUGACUCGGGGGGGGGGGUGGUCUUUGCUUCGGAGGAGGAUCAAAUUGAUAGUGAGAUCUGUCUCCCUCCUUGUAUCUGUCAGGAGCGUUACGUACACCGUAUGCUGAUAUCCUCCGUGUAGCUGCCAGUGGGGGGGGGGGGGGGGGGGGGGGGGGGGGGUCUUUGCUUCGGAGGAGGAUCAAAUUGAUAGUGAGAUCUGUCUCCCUCCUUGUAUCUGUCAGGAGCGUUACGUACACCGUAUGCUGAUAUCCUCCGUGUAGCUGCCAGAGGUGUUACGUACAGUGUAUGCUCAUAUCAUCCGUGUAUUUGCUAGAGGCGUUACGUAUAGUGUAUGUUUAUAUUUAUAUCAUCCUUGAGGGCAUUGAAAUACUCGGCAGUAACGUUUCUUACUACUGAUUUAUGUGCCAUAGAGAGGUCGUUUAUACGGGCCUCUGGAGAUGUUUUAAAAACGGACAACGGUAAAUGACUUACUGGCCUCAAGUGAUUAGUAAGGGUAUCAGUCCCACCAUGACUUUUACGCCCUAACAAGCUUCGCCGAUAAGAAGUUGUUUUUUUUUUCUUUCUUCUGCUCAAGAACGCCAGUAUACUGUAUUGCCCGUCUUGUGUACUUGGGGCUUAUUCAGUAGUGUCUCUUGCAGUGUCACGUGUAACGUCCACCACCCGGUCGUGGAACAGCUUGUUGAGUUCUUUGACCUUACCUCUAACGCCACAACGAUGAAGCUGUAAUACUAAUAGGUUUUGGGGGAGGUGAACCGUGGCACCUCGUCUAGUGCCCCCAGGAACUGCCCGUUGGACUGAAGUUGUCUCUGGGCUUAGUUAACGAAAUAGAUCAUUACGAAACAUAGCGGUGAUAUUUUUUUAUAAGCCUUUUUACAGUCUUCGGGUUAACUAUUGCAGAGAUUGUGCAUGUUAAUGUACGUACACGUUAAAGUACGUACACAUUCUCUGGAGACCCCUCCCCAAACGCAAUAUCAGCCACCACCCCCCUAUCCCCUCAAUGCGCACGUUAUUUAUGGAUGGGCCCCUACUAAAGAGAUGAGAUUAAUUAUUUUUUUUUAUUGAAUUUUUUUAGGGGCCAGUGUGAGAAUAUCUUAUAUAAAAUUUGCUUCUGGUAUGGCUGCUUCCUUUUCACAACCGGCCCUCCCCCUGCUCGAUAUGUUUAUAUUAAUAGUACUUAGUGGGGGGCGGGGGGGGGGGGGGGAAGCUGUCAAGCAGCGAGCUUCAUGCGUGACGGUUGAACUCAGUAAAAAUGUUGAAUUUCUCGGUGGCGACCAUUAUGUUAAUCAAUAAAGAGCCACGGGUAUGGUGUAAGAUUGUCUGUAGAACUGUCUGUAGGACUGUCUCUAGGUCUAUUGUUUAAAGGCUGACAGGUAGGGUGUAGGACUGUCAAUAGAUCUAUUGUUUAAAGGCCGGCAUAUAUUAUAGAAAAUGAGAAGUAAUUAAUUUUGUGUAACACUUGGACCCACCUGGUAUUUUCUCAAAAGACCCGGACCUGGUGUAAAAGAAAAAAAGAAACAACAGGGUUACGCCCUGGGUACAUAAUAAUACAGUAGUAGUGAGUAAUCCAGUCAAUGUUGGGGAUAUGGGAUGACUCGUGUAGUUCAGUGGUUCCCAGCAUGUUUUCCACGGAGCUCUAAAGGCUCCGCGUGCCCUUCUCAUGGGCUCCGCGGCCGCUCCAGGACAAAAAUUAUUAUUUUAAAAAAUUGAAUUAAACUUGUAAGGCAUUAGAAUCUCCCCUAAAUAAAUGAAUGCUAAAAGGUUAUCAGCUAGUCAAAAGGGUUGUGAACCACUGGGUUAGUUUAUUGUCAAUCCAUCUCAAAAUAUUAACGUUAUUUUUAACAAAUGAGAUCCUGGUCAUGCCCCCCACCCCCAACCCCAAAUAUUAAAAAAAAAAUCCCUUGCUGACUUCGCCGACCACCAUCGCCCCGUUAGUUCAGGCUAAAAGUAAGGACAGCCAACGUGUCGUCUGAGGUCACUCCUCUGUGUACACGCGAAUAACCACGGGUCACGUCAAUCCUGUCAUCUCUUCAACUAUUACGUUAUCCGCUCUAUCACUAAUCUGGCCUAUCGUCCCAAAGAGUGAUCAACCUGACAAGUACCUGCUACAGGUCGUCGGCAUAAGAGCGUAAUGAUGAUAACUACCGAUUUUCACAGUAAGUCUAAGUGUACUUGAGCAGCGGUUGCCAAAAUAAUUACCUACUUAUACAGUAGUAUGAGUUUACUUGAGGACCGGCUCUCAAAAUAGUCUCCGACUAUUAUAGUAGUCUGAGUGUACUUUAGCCGCAGUUCCCGAAAGUCGACAAAGUGUGAGUUCUCUAAAGUCAGGAUUGUCAAUAGGUCUCUGGGGCCCGCCUUAGUCUACUGAAAUUAUGUAAAACCUUUCAUCGGAUCAAUGUUUACGGGCCACGUCAAUUCAAAAAUUCAGGGCUGCUUGGAACAUAAUGGAUGUAUAUUAAGAAAAUGUUACAUUUAUUGUUGCAAUCCCCAACGAGACGUGACUGUUUUAGGGUAAACAAUAAUUAUUAUAUACCUCCAGGGAAGUUACAUAAACUAAUGAAGAGAAUUGCUGGGAAUUUUGGGGUUCCGUCUGCUUACUCCAAGAUCAAAGUAACACGCGGAGACUAAUAAUUGAAAACUACCACCGUCUGAUCCAGGACAAGUACCGCCAGUACUAUAUCUUAGUGCUGAGGGGUGUGUACACUUUCCUGAUCAACAACGACAAUUACUGCAAGUACUAUAUUUUAGUGCCGGGACCCUGGGUCUCGGUACUAGUACUGGUAGCGGUUUGCACACGUCCUUGAUCCAUAUGGUGAUGGACCCAUCAAAAUAUAGCACUACAUUUUCUAAGCUACUACUAAGAUAGAUUUCUAUUCCCAUAGUAAGAAACGCUCACUUUCUGUGAAAACACUAGGCCGCCCUGGGGUGUUACAGUCGAAGCUGUCACCACGACAGAGACAACACCAAAGGGGCCGUCCAUAAAGUACGUCACGCUAUUUUUGACCGUUUUUAACCCCCCUUCCCCCCUGUCACAAAUCUCGGACCCCUCCCCCCUAAAGUACGUCCCACUUUCGAACAAUUUUUUUUUUAAUUAACACCUAAUUAAAAUUUAAUCUAAAACACACUUCACUAUUAAACUGUAUUAAAAUUUAAACUAUCCACUUAAAAGAACUAACACACUAUAAAAUGACCUUAAUAGUAGAAUUGUUUAUUGUCAACAAUUGUCAUAGUUAUUCAUUGCAGCAGUAAUUCAAUCUAGAUUGAAUAUGAUAACAAAAAUUGCAAAAAUUAGACUAGACAAUUAUAUAAUACACAUCAUUUAUCUGCUGCUUUUUCAUUUACAAAAGUUGAGGUCAAGUUUAGAUAAUUUCCGAUUAUGCAAUCUUUUUACACAAGAUAAGAAGUAAAUUGGCGAAACUUGACCUCACCCAGUGAUUAAAUAAUAAAAAGGAAACAAAACAAUUUGACUAAAAAAAAAGACUAGAUUGACAAAUUUUGUGACAAACUCUUGUGCUAUAUUGAAUAUGUUUAUUAUGGGCCUGUGAAUUAUGUUUAAUUCAAAAAUAUUCACUGAACAUCAUCCAUCCAUGAUGAAGUGAAGUGUUCAUCCAUAGUUACGACUGGCAUCAAUUUUCACCAUCAUCGUUUCCUGGAAGGAUACAGAUAGAUCCACUUCAUCCUCAUCUAGCCACUCAACAUCGUCAUCUAGCCACUCAACAUCCUCAUCUAGCCACUCAACAUCCUCUGAAUGUGCAUUUUCUCUUCUGGCAAUAACUGCCAUGAGUUCUCUUUGCCUUCUAGCAGCGAUUCUCAAAGGACUGAUGCGUUUAUCUGAGUUGAUUCUGGAACAGUUUGGGUUGGCACAUUCUCUUAAGUCCGAGCUCUGUGUUGUCCUGCAUGUUUCUUCAAAAUUGUUUGUGAGGCAAAGUAUAAAUGACAUACUUUGCAAAUUUGAUCAAGUACGCUGGUCUGCACAGAUGGACACCAAUGUUCCCUCUAAGGUUUGUUGGUUCGUGUGCAAAAUCAUAAAGUUGUGUGCAAAAUUUUACAGCCUACAGACACAAACACACACUUAAGUGGAAAUUAGCUGCGCGGUACUCAAAACUGCUGCGUCUGUUAGAUUGCUGCGCGGCUGCGCGGCCGCGCAGCUUUAAGGAAACAUUGAUGGACACUAAAGAUCAUAUGGUUGUACUUGGAAAACUCCUGUUGAUCUCGGCAAGGCUAAACAUAAAUGGCUUCGCAACAGCAUACUAGCGCUCCUAGCGAAAGGAAUCGUGAACACAUUCAGGAGAUACGCAUUUCAUGCUAUUUUGACAUAAAACUAAUUCAAAUGUUUCACAAAAUUUUUGAAAAUUGAUUUUAAAGCUAUUAAAUUCUACUAAAAGAAUAAAUAAUAAAUUAGAAAUAAAAUGUUUUUAAAUAAUUGUGUGACGGCACACAUUGCCUGAUCCCCCCUCCCCCUGUCACACUUUCUUACACCCCCCCCCCUUUUUUUUUUGAAGCGUGACGUACUUCAUAGACGGCCCCAAAGGCCGGAAUAAAAAUUGUUUAAAGCUAUUAAAAUCUACUAAAAGAAUAAAUAAUAAAUUAAAAAUAAAAUGUUUUUAAAUAAUUGUGUGACGGCACACAUUGCCUGAUCCCCCCUCCCCCUUUCACACUUUCUAACACCCCCCCCCCUUUUUUUUUUGAAGCGUGACGUACUUCAUAGACGGCCCCAAAGGCCGGAAUAAAAAUUGUAAAGUUGUUGAAAAAUUGUGCUCACUGUGUGUGGGUGGAGGGGGUGGGUUCCGCUGUUGAUUUCACCCAUUUCUACUAUAAUGUCGAGGGCCGCGCUAGGCCCACGUCUUUGUUUGGACAUCCAUUCUUGCUACCAGACACUGCCCCAUGAACCAUAACUCUUACUGUCUGUUAUGGAGAAAAAAAAAGUUCGAUCUAACGCGUUUGCGAAGUAGUCACUCACCUCCUUGUAUUGUAAGAAAUAAAAAGGUGUGAAUUAAUUGUACUCUCCCAGUUCGUCCUUGUGCACAGAAUGGUCUUAUUCAAACACGCCACUUAUAGACAGGUACCCUUCAGGAAUACUCAGAGCUAGACGCGUUGCCGAAAAUGUCACACAUACGAAUGAAUCCCAUAAUGUACCAAACAGAUUGUUGGAGUCAAUGCGUGAGUCAGUCAAGUAGCCGGCCUCUUGGUGCUCUACACCUGAAGCCACUUGUCACAACAUUGGCCAAUUUGAUGGGGCUUUGGCGUGGUUGCAGGUGGAGACAUAACCAUUUUCUGGUAUCGAUUAAUUGAGGCACUUCCCUGGUCGAUACUCGAUACAUUUAUGAAAACCAAUGAGUUUGAAGACAAAGGAAUAGAAUUCGACGGGUUCUCGCUGAGGUUCGGGUGGGUGGUGGAGAGCCAAUGGGCGUUAAAGAACAUACAACCUUUCAGGAUAUUGGAUCAGUAUACCGUGUGACGCACAGCUGAUGGAUAACCUGGCAGCUCCUUGAAAUAUGUUUGAAUUGUAAUGUAUGGACAUUUUAAUUGAAUUCAUUGAGUGGGUGAACUUGUCUUGGUAGAUUUCUCAUUGAUAGCAAAGUUAUAACUAAGGGAUUUAGCAGACCAGUUGUCUUUGUUUAGCAGGAGACCUGUUGUCUUUGUUUAGCAGGAGACAUGUUGCCUUUGUUUAGCAGGAGACAUGUUGCCUUUGUUUAGCAGGAGACCUCUUGUCUUUGUUUAGCAGGAGACAUGUUGCCUUUGUUUAGCAGGAGACCUGUUGUCUUUGUUUAGCAGGAGACCUGUUGUCUUUGUUUAGCAGGAGACCUGUUGUCUUUGUUUAGCAGGAGACCUGUUGUCUUUGUUUAGCAGGAGACAUGUUGUCUUUGUUUAGCAGGAGACAUGUUGCCUUUGUUUAGCAGGAGACCUGUUGUCUUUGUUUAGCAGGAGACCUGUUGUCUUUGUUUAGCAGGAGACAUGUUGUCUUUGUUUAGCAGGAGACCUGUUUCUUUGUUUAGCAGGAGACAUUUCCCUUUGUUUAGCUGGAGACCCGUUGUCUUUGUUUAGCAGGAAACCAGUUGUCUUUUUUUAUCAGGAGACCAGUUGCCUUUGUUUAGCAGGAGAGCUGUUGUCUUUGUCUAGCAGGAGACCAGUUUUCUUUGUUUAGCAGGAGACCAGUUGUCUUUGUCCAGCAGGAGACCUGUUGUCUUUGUUUAGCGGGAUACCUGUUUCUUUGUUUAGCAGGAGAAUAGUUGUCUUUGUUUAGCAGGAAACCAGUUGCCUUAGUUUAUCAGAAUACCAGUUGUCUUUGUUUAGCAGGAGACCUGUUGUCUUUGUUUAUCAGGAAACGAUUUCCCUUUGUUUAGCAGGAGACCUGUUUCUUUGUUUAACAGGAGACCAGUUGUUUUUGUUUAUCAGGAGACUAGUUGUCUUUGUUUAUCAGGAAACCAGUUGUCUUUGUUUAGCAGGAGACCUGUUGUCUUUGUUUAUCAGGAGACCAGUUGCCUUAGUUUAUCAGAAUACCAGUUGUCUUUGUUUAGCAGGAGACCUGUUGUCUUUGUUUAGCAGGAGACGAUUUCCCUUUUUUUAGCAGGAGACCUGUUGUCUUUGUUUUGCUGGACACCAGUCGCCUUUGAGAUAUCGAGGUAGACUUGGGCCACUGCGGGUAGUCAUUGACAAAUUGAGCUAACAUUAACAUGUGAAUAUCAUCUUUAUUUGGUAUAUGCGGUUGCCAUUGACAUUUGAACAUAAUCUUUUCUGGGCAACUGGGUUGCCAUUGACAUUGGAACAUAAUCUUUUCUGGGCAACUGGGUUGCCAUUGACAUUUAAAUAUCAUAUGUGUAGGGUAUAUGGGUUGUCAUUUAAAUAUCAUGUUUAUUGUGUAACUGGGUCGUCAUUGACAUUUGAAUAUCAUAUUUUGGGGGAAAGUGUGUUGCCAUUCACAUUUAAUAUCGGCUUGAUCGAAUAUUUCAGACGAUAGCAACUUUAGGGGGGUUUUAUGUUCAUUAAAUUAUUAAUUAAAGUAGAAAAGUUUAUUUAGACUUAGCACCUCCCAAAUAUCAUAAAGUUGAAUUGAAUCGAAUUCUGUCAAAAAUUAUACCAUUGUAUUUCAACAUAAUUUAUACCAUUUAUUCUUACAUACAUUUUACCCAUUGCAUUGUAACUGUGACGCUCCAUUAUUUGUUUCGGCUCAUAUUUGACUUCCUCUUGGUUUUUUAAUGAUUUUUUGUGUCACCUGCGACAAAUCUCAUGGUAUUAUCUAUCGUAUGACUACAUUCCCACAGGUUGAUAUAUCCAGUGGCAACUGUAUUAAAUUCAUAUCCAAUAAGUUAGAACGGCCACGUCUCACAACCAAUGUGACGGCCACGUCUCACUACCAAUGUGACGGCCACGUCUCACUACCAAUGUGACGGCCACGUCUCACUACCAAUGUAACGUCCACGUCUCACAAGCACUGAGACCUUAAGCAUUUUUUGGUGGGCCACCGCUCCCAAUAAACUCAUUGAAAAUUUUCCUGGUCUCUCCUAUCAAAAGGGAUAUUUGAAAAAAAAAGGAAAGAUUGCUAUUAGACUUCUGAAGUAAAUAAAACAAACAUGUGUUUCAUACACUCACCCCUUCACCCAUAACCCCUCUUCCAUCCUGAUCUACACAGAUAGGCAUUUUUAAGACUUUGUAGUGAGAGAGAAAAACUUCCUUGUUUGAUACAAAGGGUUUCUAUGGAACAUUUCCGUGUGGUAGGUUGGUGUGUAGGGAACAUGUCCAUGUGUUAGGGAACAUGCCGUUGUUGUAGGUUGGGUUGUAAGGAAAAUGUGUGUGUGGUAUGUAGGAAAAAUUUCGGUGUGGUAGGGAAUAUGUCGCUGUGGUAUGUUGGUGUGUAAGGAAUAUUUCCGUUUUGCAGGAAACAUGCCGGUGUAGUAUGUUGGGUGGGGAACAUGCCAGUGUGGAAGGUUGAUGUGCAGAGAACAUGUUUAUGUGUUAGGCUGGUGUGUAUGGAACAUGUCUUGUUUGGUAGGAUGUGUGCAGAGAACAUGUCUUGUUUGGUAGGUUGGUGUGUGGGGAACAUGUCUAUGUGGUAGGUUGAUGUGUAGGGAACAUGUCUAUGUGGUAGGUUGGUGUGUAUGGAACAUGUUGGUUUGCUGGGAAACAUUGCUGUAAGGUUGUGUUGAUGUUAUACAUUGUAUAUAAUCCCCAAAUUCGUUGUAUUUUUUACCAUUUUUCUCUGGAUUUUCCCGUUAUCAGUCUUCAGGAAUGUUGUUGUACUAAGGUCCUUUGGUGGGGCUUCUAGCCGAGGACAUUAAAGACUUGGGGCCCCGGUCCAUGAAGAACCCUUAGGGGAAGCUAGUCAAACACGCACGUUAGUAGACAAUUGCCAUCAACACAGCAGUAAGCUAUCUCAGCACAACCAACACCAAAGGUAGCCAGCCAGCUGUCAAAAUGCAAAUUAGUGCCAUGAUUUAAAAGUUAAUUUCUGCACAAUCAUUUUUCAAUUAAAUGGAGUUCAACAGUUUGCAAGAAGAAGAGGAAAAUCGAUUCAGUGGGCACAACAUAGUUUUAUUGGCAACGUGUUCAUUUUUUUAAUGGGUGGGGUGGAGGGAAGGGAAGGUUGGGGUGUUACGUCAGAGAAUUAAAGCAAAGGAAAGGGUGCGGUCAAACCAUGGCUCGUGCAGCACUGGGGUACCUCUUUCACGUGGUAACUUGGGGUGCGAGAUCCGCGGCGUCUCCGUGGUGUGGGGCUCGUGCCUAUCCUGUCCGCGGCUGCCGCCUGCGGCGGCGCCAGUGGUAGGGGCUUGAGGAGGACACCGGACGGUCCCUCUAGAAUAAGCUGUGGGCCCUGGGCGUCGAGAUGACCGGCUGGUGUUUGUAAGAGAUCCAUGGUGAGUUGUCAGAGUGUGAUCACGUGGUGAGAUGAUGAGUUAAAUCCGUUUCUUUUUAUUCCUGUCUGGGUAUAACAAAAAAUACACAGAUGGCCAUAAACUAUUACCGUAUGUCUUGGUUUAUUUAUAGCUUAACUAAGAUAGUAACCUCAUCAAUAGUGUCUUUGUUUCAAGUUUUUGCAACCAACCAAAAUGCAGCAGUGGUGCCGCUCUGUAUUGGCUCUAGGGGUACUGUACUGUUUGUCAAUGGAAAGGGACAACGUUUUAUUUUGUUUUAAACUCUUCAACUAAAUAUAUUCUUAUGUGGCACCUGAAACUUUUCAACUAAAUGUAUUCUUAUGUGGCACCUGAAACUUUUCAACUAAAUGUAUUCUUAUGUGGCACCUGAAACUUCUCAACUAUAUAUUCUUAUGUGGCACCUGAAACUUCUCAACUAUAUAUUCUUAUGUGUCACCUGAAACUUUUCAACUAUAUAUUCUUAUGUGGCACCUGAAACUUUUCAACUAAAUAUAUUCUUAUGUGGCACCUGAAACUUUUCAACUAAAUGUAUUCUUAUGUGGCACCUGAAACUUCUCAACUAUAUAUUCUUAUGUGGCACCUGAAACUUCUCAACUAUAUAUUCUUAUGUGUCACCUGAAACUUUUCAACUAUAUAUUCUUAUGUGGCACCUGAAACUUUUCAACUAAAUAUAUUCUUAUGUGGCACCUGAAACUUCUCAACUAUAUAUUCUUAUGUGUCACCUGAAACUUCUCAACUAUAUAUUCUUAUGUGGCACCUGAAACUUUUCAACUAUAUAUUCUUAUGUGGCACCUGAAACUUUUCAACUAUAUAUUCUUAUGUGGCACCUGAAACUUUUCAACUAUAUAUUCUUAUGUGGCACCUGAAACUUUUCAACUAAAUAUAUUCUUAUGUGGCACCUGAAACUUCUCAACUAUAUAUUCUUAUGUGGCACCUGAAACUUUUCAACUAAAUAUAUUCUUAUGUGGCACCUGAAACUUUUCAACUAAAUAUAUUCUUAUGUGGCACCUGAAACUUUUCAACUAUAUAUUCUUAUGUGGCACCUGAAACUUUUCAACUAUAUAUUCUUAUGUGGCACCUGAAACUUUUCAACUAUAUGUUCCUGCAUGUCACCUGAAACUUUUCAACUAUAUGUUCCUGCAUGUCACCUGAAACUUUUCAACUAUAUACUCCUAUGUGUCACCUGAAACUUUUGAACUAAAUAUUACUGCGUGUCACCUGAAACUUUUCAACUAAAUAUUCCUAUGUGUCACCUGAAACUUUUCAACUAAAUAUUCCUGCGUGUCACCUGAAACUUUUCAACUAUAUAUUCAUAUGUGUCACCUGAAACUUUUCAACUAUAUAUUCCUAUUUGUCACCUGAAACUUUUCAACUAAAUAUUCCUGCAUGUCACCUGAAACUUUUCAACUAUAUACUCCUAUGUGUCACCUGAAACUUUUGAACUAAAUAUUACUGCGUGUCACCUGUAAAAACCAUUCGGCAAUAUACACAUCUAAACAAAGUCGUCUGAUGAAAAUCGGUUUGAAACUCACAUGGUUUUAGCCGUUUAGUAUCAUUUCAGUCAAAUUAAGUUGUACUCUUGAAGCUCAAAUCUUUCUAGUCUUUUAAUGUUGAGUGUGGGCUGUUUGCUUUCAAAUAUUUUGGGGCAUUAGAAACUUAAAGGUUCGCAAACUUUACUUGUUGUGGUCAGUUAUUUUUGUUUUUAAAUACUACUUCUUGGUACCCACCAACAUUUUUAUAAUUUAUACUGGAUUAUAUAGGUAACACCAGACAGUCUUCGCAUAAUUACCAUUUACCCUUACAAAAAUUGUAGAACAAUUAAUAUAAACUUGGUAAAUGUUACGUUAUGAGAAAAAUAUGUUAACUUUAUGUAUAUAAUCUUGACAAGUCUGUGUUGACAACCCCCGCGUCAUACAUGUCAUGACAAAGGGGGGGAAAAAAAGGGGGGGGGGUAUCGUAUUAGAAAUGUUUCCGACCUUUUUUACUACAACUGGGUGUGCCAAGGAAAAAAAUAUUUAAUAUAUAAUUAUUUUUUUUAAUGCAUCAGUGGUCUCCUGUUCAAGAUGAAAGGUGUCCCAACCCGUCAUUUGGGAAACGCUGUAAUAGUUACUACUUUGGUCAUGAGAACGCUUCUACUUUGACUUGAGGGAGAAGCCAAGAAAAGGCAGACCUCUCAGAGCGCUAAUACGGUGAAACCUGGAAAUAACGAAGCUUGGCAUAUGCGCUACAUCACCCAGGCACGGAACUAUUUUUUUUAAAACACUGAACCUGCAGAUAGUACCACCCGUGUGCUGUCCCAAGGGUUUUGCGUUAUUUCCAGGUUUCGCUUCAUAAAUAAAGAGCUGGCAUGACACAAAGUGAACAGAAAUCUCUACCUACAACUUAACUUAAGUCUAUUUAAAAUCACGAGAGUGGCCAGGUGAUGUUGCUGCUUAACUAAUGGACAAGGGGCGCUGGGGGGGGGGGCGAUUGAUCGACGCCAUUUUGAUUUAUGAGCUCAAUUCGAUUUAAGGCUUGAAUACUUGAAUGGUUAGGCAGAUAUUGAAUGAACAACUGCACAGCUCAACAUUACAGAAAUCUCUACCUACAACUUAACUUAAGUCUAUUUAAAAUCACGAGAGUGGCCAGGUGAUGUUGCUGCUUAACUAAUGGACAAGGGGCGCUGGGGGGGGGGGGCGAUUGAUCGACGCCAUUUUGAUUUAUGAGCUCAAUUCGAUUUAAGGCUUGAAUACUUGAAUGGUUAGGCAGAUAUUGAAUGAACAACUGCACAGCUCAACAUGUCAACACACGCAUUUCAUUAAGAAAUAACAGCUGGUAUCCUCUCAAAUUGAAUCCACGCAUGUAACCACUACAAUUAUAACACUAAUCUAAUCAGCGCUUGACUGUUUCUCAACACAAAAUCAUCUUGCUGUUGUUAGAAGUUAUCCAGACAGCUAACAUGGAGACGAAAUCUAACAACACACCUACAACACACAUAGAACGUGUCUACACAGCGCAACCGCCAUCUCGUCAAGUGGUCUCGGCUUCUUUUAAUCAUAUACCACUCAUCCCUCUAAACUUGGUGCGGGUUGGGGGGCGGGGGGGGGAGAUACGCCCCCAUCCCAUACUCUCCUUAAAUAUAAAUAAAACGUAGAUGCACGUUACAAGUGUACACACACCCUACACACGUCUGUGACCUGUGUUCCCACACGGGAGACACGCAUCUACCCCUGGCAUCUUCCAUGCAAUUUGUUAGCAAAUACUCACUACCUCAGCAACUCUCGCCUCUUUGUUGCCGCGAUAAACACAACAAACUGUUGGAUACGUUAAACGAUGCCGUCAAACGCAUUUAACAUCUUUACAUUGUUGCUAGUGACACAAAAACAGUGGUGGCACGCAACCAGAGAUGAUUACGUCAAUUCUUUGUUUAUAACAUUACUAAUGUAAAAAAAUAAAAAUGACAUUAAAAAAACACUAAUGAUUUCACCCGGCAUGAUGAACGUCGUUUGAAAGGUUUUCGUUUCAAAGGUUGUCGUUUGAUAGGUUGUCUUUGAAAGGUUGUCUUUUGAAAGGUUGUCUUUUGAAAGGUUGUCUUUUGAAAGGUUGUCUUUUGAAAGGUUGUCUUUUGAAAGGUUGUCUUUUGAAAGGUUGUCUUUUGAAAGGUUGUUGGAAAGGUUGUCGUUUGCGACAUUCCUGAGACCAAAAUGUCCAAACGUCUCCUCGACUCUGCUUAACUUAGAUCAGUGGUCGGCAAACUCAUUAGUCAUAAGUCAAAAGAGCCAAAAAUCAGCAGCAGGGUAAUGAAAUUUUUUUUUUAGAGAAAAUUUUCUUUUCGAGACCCUGUCAAGAACCAUGUUUUUCACUGUCAAAACCGAUUUGUGGCCGGCUGGCCGAUCCGCACUCAGGUCGCUAAAGAGCCUCAUGCGGCUCACGAGCGAGUCGCGAUUUUCUGUCCACUGACCUAGAGAGUUGAUUUCCCACUAACUUGGUGUACGACUGAGUCAUUGAUCCUGCUCAUGCUAGACAUUUUAACCGCACAAACUUUGGCAUAUUCUCGAUAUCCCCAAUCCGAAAGAUAUGAAGUUUACAUUUAAUUUUUAGAAAAAAUAAGUCAUGCAGCUUCGAGGGAAGCACGAUCUACAAUUUGAACUUUUCCCUGGCCGAAACCUUAAAAGUUUCCAUUAUUCAAAAUAAGAUCAUGUAUUGUUAUAGCAACACGAAUAGGAGAAUAACAAACAAUUACACUUGAAAAGCCAUGGGUGAAUCUAGAUCAGAGUUUAAAAACCUUGAGUCUUGUGACUGUGCUUGGUAGUAAAGUGAAUGAGUCUUCAAAUUGUUUUUUGUUUAUUUUCAAUUUGGACUACAAAUAGCAGUGAUAACUCAGAUCAGGGUUUCUUUCAGCUAUAUCUCGGGGGGAGGGGGGGGGCCUGGGGAAAGCCAAGCCCCCCCCCCCCCGGGGCAAAAAUAUGUCCAACAAUAAAUCAACUGGAACUGCUGGUACUGCCCCCCCCCCCCGAAAAUCUGAAGUGCCCCGGGGGGGGGGGGGUUUUGGGGGGGGGGGGGGGGCCUGGGGAAAACCAACCCCCCCCCCCCCCGGAGCAAAAAUAUGUCCAACAAUAAAUCAACUGGAACUGCUGGUACUGCCCCCCUCCCCCGAAAAUCUGAAGUGCCCCGGGGGGGGGGGGAUUUCUGAAAGAAACACUGACUCAGAUUUCCGUCAUUAACUCACAAAAGCUCAAGUUUAAUUACAAAUAAGAACGUUUUGUCUCAGAAAGAGAAAAUAUUUGGCCCAAGAUACGUAGGCUAGAAAAUAGAAAAACAAAAGAAGCGUGUUAUUUUCUUCUUAUUUUUUUAUUCUUCAAAACGUCCACAUAUCUUGUUCCCAAGGUUUCUUUCUCGCGGCUAGAACGCAGUCCCUACUAUAUUGCCCCGACACCUCCUCCCCCUCUCUCUCUCUUCCCUCCCCUCCCACAACCUUAUUUGUAUUUUGUUAGUGCUAUGUUCUUGUUACAUUUUGAAAACAAUGUUGGGGCGAUAGAUUCACGGUAGGGAUUUAGGGUUUUGAUAUUAAGGUAUCAAUAAGACCGCAUGGAGAAUAGUUUUUUUGUUUUUUUUUAAAACUCAUUUUGUCCCCUUUCAUUUUUAACAUAUUACAAAUGAUACGAACCUUCCAAAAUAAAAGAGGACUACACAGGGCGUAUCAGCCUGGUCUAGCGUGUCUUCUUAGUGUGUCUUUUUAAACUUGAACUGUCGUCUUCGGGGGGUUUCCUUAUCGUGUCCUCUUAGUGUGUCUUUAAGCGUGUCCUCUUGGCGUGUCUUUAAGCGUGUCAUAUUGGCGUGUCUUUAAGCGUGUCCUCUUGGCGUAUCUUUAAGCGUGUCAUAUUGGCGUGUCUAUAAGCGUGUCCUCUUGUCGUGUCCUCUUGUCGUGUCCUCUUGUCAUGUCCUCUUGUCGUGUCCUCUUUGCGUUUCUACUAUGCCCCCUUGUCUUGUCUCCUUAACGUGUCCUAAAAAAUGUCAGGCCCAUUAACUUUUUGUGUCUCCAAAAAACUCUCUCUCUCUCUCUAUUUUUCUCCUGCAGCCAAUUGAAUGUCCCAAUCAUUGCGAGAAUUAAGAAACCCCAAACGUCCAAACAUUGGACGAUUUCUUGGGGUUUAAACGCCAAAUGUUUACAGUGAGGAAUCUGUGCAGAUUUGGCAACUUUACCCGACCUUGAACCUCGAGCCGGCACGUGCACGUAAUGUGUUAUUGGAAAAUAAACACACACUGUGAAAUGAAACUCGAUAAAAAUCAGUGUAGGGAAACUAGGCAAUCAGUGUAGGGAAACUAGGCAAUCAGUGUAGGGAAACUAGGCAAUCAGUGUAAUGUCAUUAAUGAAAAACUAGACAAAAAUCAGUGUAAUCAAAACUUGACAAUCAGUUUUAAUGAAAUUAGACAAUCAGUGAAAUGAAACAGCCAUAUCAGUGAAAUGACACUAGACAUUAAUUCUUUACUUCGCCAUUAAAACAAAACACCAAGCUCUGGCAUGAUGAAAAGAACAACAAUGUUCGUACUUUUUAAUAAUAGCACCAUUGGCACAUUGGUGCGAAAUAUCCUAUUGAAACAGCGAUUACGAAACAUAAUAUGGAUACUCCAUAAACCAUGUUUUCUUGUGUUUGAUUUUUUAUUUCUGUACUUUAUUUUGUGUGCGUAUGUGUGGUAUUCUUUUUUUUUAUUUAUGCGUUUAUUGAUGAAAGCAACGUUGGAAUAAGCUAUUUUUACAAGUUCUCUACCUGGGCACGCUCAUUGGGUAAUUGGGGUUAUCUUGACUUUCGUCUUGUCUUAGCAUGGGUGCCUAGGAAUUCAGGUGUCUGAGAAGUACGAGUGUGAGAGUGCGAGUGUCUGAAAGUACGGUUGUCUGAUGGCACGGGUAUCUGUCAGUACGGUUGUCUGAUGGCACGGGUAUCUGUCAGUACGAGUUGUUGUUGUUUUUGUUUGUUUUUGGUGGGGUUUUUUUUUGGGGGGGGGGAGAAAGGUCACGGGUAUCUGUCAGUACGGUUGUCUGAUGGCACGGGUAUCUGUCAGUACGAGUUGUUGUUGUUUUUGUUUGUUUUUGGUGGGGUUUUUUUUUGGGGGGGGGAGAAAGGGGGGGGGCGCUAAAAGUGCGGGUGUCUGAGAUUUCGGGGGUCUGGGAUUAAAGGGGUCUCAAAGCACGAGUGUCUUGAGAUUUAUGACCAGACGAAAUCCGUCCGUCUGUUUGUGUACUGCAGGUUCGGGUAAGGAGCAUAAGAAAAUGACUGUCAUCUAUAAGCCUAAAAAGAAUUGUCGAGUGGAUCUUGCCCACCCCGCUCUCACUGCGCACCGUGAUGCGCUCUCAUUCGAUGCUCCCCCCGUUGCGCGCUUGAACACGUACGCACCAAAUACACAAAAGAACACAUUUUAAUACUAGCAUGGCGUCGGUACACGUACAUACCCUACUAACAUGGCACCAUUAACCUAACGAAAACAGCAUCGGUACCCGUCACUACCUACUCUUCAUACAGUCAAAAACACUAAGCAUUGGUAGAUUAUGGAGCGCCAUUUGGAAUUAUCAUAAAUUAUGCGCCUCUUCCCAUAUUUCACCGGCUCGUUUCUGUAGAUUUAUUCCAGUGUGGCGAUUCUUUAACUUCACGUCUUUGCUUUGCUUGAUUUAUAAUAACACAAAUUUGGAAGAGUAUUAUUUAUUUUGUUUAACGGAGGAGUUUUUGUUUAUACAUUUUUAUUAUAGGUUCUUGCUCUCUUUUUCAAGUCCAGAUCUAGCUACAGCUGUAUUGACAAGACAGGUGUUCACAUGGCGAACGACAUUCAAUUAAGUCAUGAUGAAGUGCUGCAACGAGGAAAAUCAAUCUCUUUGAUGACGUCAGGUCGCCCACGAAAAAAAAAUUGUCCAAUUCAGCCCACCCCCUACCCCACCCUUUUUCUGUCCUCCUCACAUUGACACGUACACUUGUCCAGCCCAUGUUCGAGAUUGAUUGAUCAGCAUAUACCCACUAGCUGUGGGGCAUUUCCAGGCACUGCUGGACGGUGGUCAACUUGAUGAAGUGUCAUUGAGACUGGGGUGAAGUGUUAUUGAGAAUGUUCGUUUUCCAAAUGUGUGGCCUGUUGUCAGUGAACUGAUAGCAGUGGCCUGGUGUCAGUGGCCUGGUGUCAGUCGGUGGUCUGUUGUCAGUGGCCUGGUGUCAGUGGACUGAUGUCAGUGGACUGGUGUCAGUGGGGUAGUGUCAGUUGACUGGUAUCAGUGGCCUGGUGUCAGUGGCCUAAUGUCAGUGGCCUGGUGUCAGUGGCCUAAUGUCAGUGGCCUGGUGUCUGUGGCCUGGUCAGUGGUCUGUUGUCAGUGGCCUGUUGUCAGUGGCCUGGUGUCAGUUGACUGGUAUCAGUGGACUGGUGUCAGUGGCCUAGUGUCAGUGGUUUGGCUCAUGAAAUUAAUUCAAUGUUUUGCAUUCAAUGGACUGGUUCAUGAGAUUAUUUUCAAUGUUGGGCAGACAAUGGCCUGGUACAUGAAAUGAUUUCAAUGUCUGGCAGUCAAUGGACUGAUUGAUGGGAAGAAGUCAAUGUUUCGCAGUCAAGAAAAACCUAUUUUCGUGUAUAGAUUUCUCAGCCACCUAUGUAUAAUCACAUGUUAUUCUCUCCAUUAAAUUACAUAUCUGAUAUUAGAAUCAUGUCAAACAUACGGGCCGGAUGUGGACCUUUGCAAUCAAACCAGCGGCCCACAGAAAGGAUACUGUAAUUUGGUCAUAAAAAGGACAGACUUGUAGUGUUUAUCAUUUAAACCGGAUAACCGUGCGUUGUUCACAUGCUUUUCUUUAAUUUUUUCUGAAUGUUUUUAAAACUUGGAAAUAGUAUAUUACCUUUUAAACGAUUUCAAAAGCACACAAAACACUUUUAGAAAGUGUUUAUUUUAAUACAAGGUGUGUGACGACAUGUGGGCCGCGAACAGUUUACUCGCUGUUAAAGUGGCCCGCCGAAGCCUUGUGGGUUGGCCCGCCACCCCUGUGACAAUAAGAGUGUCAGAAAGUGAGGGGCCUGGUGGUAGGAGUGACUGACUGUGGGAGUUUUUGGUAGCGGGAGUGUCUGAUAGUGGGAGUGUCUCAUAGUGGAAGUGGCUGAUCGAUUGAGUGAACUGAUAGUUGGAUUAUCUGAGUGGGAGGGUCUGAUAGUCGGAGUGCCUGGUAGUGGGAGUGCCUGGUAGUGGGAGUGUCUGAUAGUGGGAGUGCCUGGUAGUGGGAGUGUCUGAUAGUGGGAGUGAACUGAUAGUUGGAUUAUCUGAGUGGGAGGGUCUGAUAGUCGGAGUGCCUGGUAGUGGGAGUGUCUGAUAGUGGGAGUGCCUGGUAGUGGGAGUGUCUGAUAGUGGGAGUGAACUGAUAGUUUGAUUAUCUGAUAGUGGGAGGUUCUGGUAGUGGGAGUGUCUGAUAGUGGGAGUGUCUGAUAGUGGGAGUGAACUGAUAGUUUGAUUAUCUGAUAGUGGGAGUGUCUGAUAGUGGGAGUGAACUGAUAAUUUGAUUAUCUGAUAGUGGGAGUUUCUGGUAGUCGGAGUGCCUGGUAGUUGGAUUAUCUGAUAGUGGAAGUAGCUAAUAGUAAGAGUUUCUGAACGUACAAGUUUCUGAUAGUGAGAGGUGUCUGAUAGUGGGAGGUGUUUGGUAGUGGGAGGUGUCUGGUAGUGGGAGGUGUCUGGUAGUGGGAGGUGUCUGAUAGUGGGAGUUUCUACCCAAUAAAUGAUAACGAGCCCUCCCAAGCCCCUUAUCUUUUCCCAGCCAGCCAGUCGUUCUUUUUUUAUGGCUCACCAAUGAUUCAAUUAAAAAGGUGUAAAAUUGCAAAAGUAUACCAUGUAUUAAAUGACAUAAUUCUCUGUGUAACAAUGUCACUAACGAUGAUUUCAGUUACUAACUUGGCUAAAUCUCAUUCUUAAAAACACGACACCUGCGCUUGCUGCGCACUAUUUUCUUUUGUUUGACGGACAUAGUUGGUGUCAUCAAUCUGCGUGCGGUCUAAAAGACAGUUGGACAUUCGAUUAUUAAUACAGCACCGAAAAGGAUGGGGGGGGGGGGGAAGGGGGGGUGGCACUAAUUGGCAUCUCAUCAAGUGCUUUAGUGGAAGGCAUGUUUUGUCAAGUAACUUUGGUAGAUGGGAAGUUUAAAAGACAGUUGGACAUUCGAUUAUUAAUACAGCACCGAAAAGGAUGGGGGGGGGGGGUAAGGGGGUGUGGCACUAAUUGGCAUCUCAUCAAGUGCUUUAGUUGAAGGCAUGUUUUGUCAAGUAACUUUGGUAGAUGGGAAGUUCACGCAUGGCGACCACCAUUGUUUGGUUACCAUUUCCUAACUUGACCACUGAAAGAUUGAUAUCUGCCAUGGUAGAUAUCUUGUGGUUGCCAGCAAAACUAAGUACUUAACAACAACUGUUUUAAAACCCCCGAAAAUAUGUUUUCUUUCAGAGCCAGCCAAGAAGUUGCGGUUGAUGUUGAGUUUUGCUGUUGGAAGUUUAUUGGGAGAUGUUUUCUUACACUUGCUGCCAGAAGUUUGGGCUCAUAUAGAUUCACGUAAGGAUGGAUGUAUUAUAAGAAUAAAUUAAUGUUCAUUAGCGCACAAUAUACACAUUUCCUAUAAGGGAACAUAACAGCAUUUUUUAAAAAAAAUAAUAAGAUUAAAUUCCUAAUCUAAUUGGGAUUCUUAAAAACACUGAUAUUCAAUUUUUUAUUGUACGAAAAUCCGAAAAUCAAAUCAAGUGUUAUUUUAUUAAAAAUAAUUAAAGAAUUAUUUUAAGUAUUUUAUCUGAAUGUGAGAGUUAAGAACUUGUAUAAAAGGCAUCCACAUUCCUUUUUUUAUUCAACAAUCACUGAUCAUCUAUGUAUUGCUAUUUAUUAAUUUAUAAGCAAAUUUAUCAGGACACCCCAAAAUGGUUUGUAAUUAUUUUUUUUAAAAAGAUUGCUUUGUCAAGAUUGCGAAACAUAAUUUGAAAUUUAUGUUAAUGAUAAUAGCUCAAAGAAAGACAAACAAUAUUCAAUUCAUAUUUUCGGUUGUCAUUAAUGAACCAUAAUGAACAAUAAUCUUAUAAGAACUUAAUUGCUAACUUGAUUUAGGCUGUGGCCAUUCGGACCCGGGAUUCAGACCCGGAAAAGAGUGAGAGGUUGGGUUUAUUAACAAAAAUAUUUAAAAUAUUAUUGUUGGGUUUGUGAGACAAAAUUUGGUAUCAAAUGAAAGAAAACUGAAUGGACGAUAUGUUUGUAAACCUGCUUCUUCAGUUUAACUCAAAUAAACCACCUCCAAUGAAAUCCGAAUGGCAUUUAGUCUAAAGGGAGCCGGGUCCGAAUAGCGGCAAUCUUCUUUGUACAAAGGUUGGGGUAGGGCUAGAUUAAAUAGAAGAUAAACAUGUCUCGAAAUAAAUCAUUUUAGAAACGUUAACGUCUUUACAUAAAUAGUUCUUAAAAAAUCAGGAAAGUCUGAUGGACUAGUUCCUAAAUAUACAUCUCAAUGUCUGGGCAAAUUGCUGUUGUUUUUGUUUUGUUUUGAGGCUACAUGAAAACCUGAUUCAGUUACAUACACCCAAAAUGGAUUUUAGAUGUCGAGACUUUGCAACAGCGUGUGGAAAGGGGCAUAAAAUGCCUUCCUCAAUCACCCCGCUAGUAGCUGGCCAUAUCUUCCAGUGUAAAAUAUUUAAAAAUCUAGAACAAAAAUAGUCUGUUAUCAUGGCCGGUUGAGUGAACUAUAUUUCUAAGUUAUUUGAAUAAGUGUCUUAGCUUUUUCUUUUUAGUUAAAUAUAUAAUUUGGGUUUUUGGUAGGCCCUAAUUGGUAAAAAAAAAGUAAAGUAACUCAGUGCCUUGUGUACAUGUUCGUAUAGUGUGGGGUUAACAUUGACAUUCUUAUCUCCAGAUGAUCAUGCCAGCCAUAGGAGAGUAGGUCUCUGGGUCAUAUCUGGCCUGCUUGCCUUCAUGAUCAUUGAGAAGCUCAUGGGGGAUGAGAAUGAAUUUGAACACGUAGGUGAAGCCACCACCUUGAACUUUACCCUGUGUUACAUAACCCAAACCCUGUGCUGUACCAACGCUACCCUGUGCUGUAUCACCCCUACUCUGCGUUAGUUACCCCACCCUGUGUUACAUCACCCUUACCCUGUGUCAAAUCACCUCUACCCUGUGCUCUGUCAUCCAUACCCUAGAUGAUCACUAUCCUGGUGCUUUAUCACCCCUAGCCUGUCCUACAUCACCCCUACUCUGUUUUUAUAACCCUACCCAGUGCUGUAUAACCCAUACCAUGUGUUCUAUCCUCCUUAACGUGUGCUCUAUCAACCCUACACUGUAUUACAUCACCCCCAACCCUGUGCUGUAUCACCCCAACCUUGUGCUGUAUCACCCCAACUCUGUGCUGUAUCACCCCAACUCUGUGCUGUAUCACCCCAACCCUUUGCUUUAUCACCCCUACCUUGUGCUGUAUCACCCCAACCCUGUGCUGUAUCACACCAACCCUGUGCUGUAUCACCCCAACCCUGUGUUUUAUCACCCCUACCUUGUGCUGUAUCACCCCAACUCUGUGCUCUAUCAACCCUACACUGUAUUACAUCACCCCAACCCUGUGCUGUAUCACCCCAACCUUGUGCUGUAUCACCCCAACUCUGUGCUGUAUCACCCCUACCCUGUGCUGUAUCACCCCAACCCUGUGCUGUAUCACCCCAACUCUGUGCUGUAUCACCCCAACUCUGGGCUGUAUCACCCCGACCCUGUGCUCUAUCACUCCAACCUUGUGCUGUAUCACCCCAACUCUGUGCUGUAUCACCCCUACCUUGUGCUGUAUCACCCCAACCCUGUGCUGUAUCACCCCAACUAUGUGCUGUAUCACCCCAACUCUGUGCUGUAUCACCCCAACCCUGUGCUUUAUCACCCCUACCUUGUGCUGUAUCACCCCAACCCUGUGCUGUAUCACCCCAACUCUGUGCUGUAUCACCCCAACUCUGUGCUGUAUCACCCCUACCCUGUGCUGUAUCACCCCAACUCUGUGCUGUAUCACCCCUACCCAGGGCUUGAAUCCCCUUUCCAUGUGCUCUGUCACCACCCUAUUGUACCCAGUAAUACUUUUACAAUUUCAUCUUUCUGUGUAUCCAACAUUUAAUCACUGUAUUGACCACAAUACUAUUUAUUAUGUGACAAAAUAGAUUAGUUUAAUGAUCAUUAGUUAUACUAUUAUAUGAUUGAUUGUGUUGCCACUGAAAAGUUUAAACUAACAUAAUUUCGCAUCUUUCCUAUUUCAGCUUGAAGACACUUGUGAUGAAGCUAUCGAUCAAACAAAGAACAACAAGAUACAAAAAAUAAAGAACAAGACACAAAUAAUAAAUAACAAAGUUCAGUCCAAACCAAAGUCUCCCACCUCAUUAGACCAAUCCAAGCAGAGAAGAGGCAAAAAAGAAAAUAUCCACAAAAUUUCUUCCAAAACUGACAAAUUAAAGAAACAUCAAAACGGUGUGACAGCAUUUCUGUCCAACAACAAUAACAAUAACAACAAUAACAAUAGUAAAAUAUUCUCCAAAGAGAUUGGAGAUAACAGCUCAAAAAUUAAGGUAGGACAUUUAAGAAGAAUACGGCACCUAAAUGGGCAGUUUCCUCAUUUCAAAAGUAUAGAGAAUGAAAGUUUAAUUCAUUUGAUAAUUUCAUUGUAAAAUGAUUUCUUCUUAGGUCAGUGGUUACUUGAAUUUGAUGGCCAACAUUAUAGACAAUUUUACCCAUGGCCUGGCAGUGGCUGGGAGUUUCUGUAUCAGUACAAAGGUGAGUGCUUCAGUGGUGUGUCAUACAAUGGAUUUUAUACAGGCACUUGUUGUUGGAAGUAAACAUUGUCAAAUUUCAGUUACAACUUAUUACCUGAUAAAUUCAUUUUAAGAUUUCAAUUUUUAAUUGUUAUGAAGUAAUCUUUGUUUGCUACACUCAUUUAUUUUUUUCUUAAAUGAAAUGUAGCAAUUGCUACCAUAUGCAAUGUUUUAGAGGCUAACUCUGAGGAAUGUUCAUGAUGGUAUGCAUCCUUUCCCCUCCAUAUAUGUUAAUGAAAUGAUUUAACUGUAAGGUCAUAAUUAAGUCGUUUAAGUGAGCCUGACAUUGUUUCCCCACCCAGGUUGGUUUGAUUACUACACUGGCCAUCUUACUGCAUGAAAUCCCACAUGAAGUCGGGGACUUUGCUAUACUUCUCAGGUCUGGUUUCAACCGGUGGAGAGCUGCUAAAGCACAGGUAGUUUUCAUGUUGUGGGGUUUUGGUGUCUCUUUUCACCUCAUUAGGUGGGCUGACACCUCUAUGUCAUUUAAGGUUAUGUCUUAAAUUACACCUUGUCUUGUUGAUAGUUACGGGGCUGGAAGACUUUCACAAAGAAAAUAAGGUUUUAAACGCUUGAGAUAUGUACGACAGAAAAUGAAAUAGUUAAUAAGAUGCCAGACAGACUUUAACAGAACAAAGAGAAAAUUACAAUAGGACAAAAAGACAGAAUUUUUUGUUUGUUUAACCACUGGAGUAAAUGUUGCUGGGCAAAAUUAUUCAAAUGUGAUAAGGGUUGGUGGCAACUGAUGUGGAACCAAUUGAGGAACUUAACAGUAUUUUAUGUAUGCCCUUAUGAUGUGACAGCUGAUUUGGAAGAACUGAUGUUGAAGUAUUUUUGUGUUUACAUCGCUCCAAAGUACAUCAAUAUUUCCUGCUUAAAAUAAUCUCCUCUUACACUGAAGAAAUUAUUUAUGGCAAUAAAUACACAACAAUAGACUUUAAAUUCUUUGCAAUAUUCAGUUGAAAUGAACCACUCAUAGAAACAAUACACAUUGUUCAAAUAACUUUAGAGAAUUAUUUUGAAUAAAAUUAAAUGUGUUCUUUUCAUAAGCAUUCUUUUGACUUUUUCAAACUUGUUAAAUUUUCAGUUUUUUACUGCAAGCGGGGGUGUUGUUGGAGCUAUCACCGCUCUGAGUGCAGAAUCAGCACAAGUUGCUGGUGAGUCAUCUGUCUCUAAAACAAGCAGCUGCUCAACUCAUAUUUAUGAGAUUUGAAGUUUUAUCAGAAGUUUAACUUUCAUCACAAAAAAAAGUAUUCCAGAAUGAUUUGCAGUUCACCACUGUCUUUAAAUACUUUUUAUCCUGCUAAUGUAAUCAAUCCUAAUCCUAUCAAAUGUAAACCAGCCAUCAGGGAGUGCAGUCAUGAACAGACUUAGAUAACAAAAUAUGUAUUAUCUAUGUAUCACUAAUUAGGUGAGAGAUCAGCCUGGAUUCUGCCUUUCACUUCUGGGGGAUUUCUGUACAUUGCAUUAGUCACUGUGGUGCCAGAUUUAUUACAAGAGAAACAUGGCUGGUAGGUCAUUUGAUUUUUUCAAGCUGAAGAAGUUUUUAAAUAUUUGAGAUUUUUUUGUAUUUAUUCCUAAAACAUAAUUAAAAAUUGUGCUAUUGAAAAAGCUUUACAUAAAAAUUGCAUGUAGUGAUGUAGAAAUAUACAAAUUAUAAUGACGCUUUGCUAAAGAAAACCAAAAAAAAUCAGUGGCUUAUGUGGCUAAAAAAUCAUUUAAUCACAAUUAUGUGUUAUGCUGGGGUGGUUAUGGCUUGCUUUAUAUGUAAUUCUUAGAAAUGUAUAAGUAAUUACUUCACUUUAUGACUCCUGAAAAAGACUUCUAGCGGAAAUGUUAUUUCUUUAAAAAAUUGCUCCACCAGCGUUGGUGAUCCUAUGAAUAGGUGAAACUGAACUGAAAUCCAGUCCUCCCUUGUUUGACUGAUGCGUUGUGAUCCUAUGAAUAGGUGAAACUUAACUGCAAUCCAGUCCCUUGUUUGACUGAUGUGUUGUGAUCUUAUGAAUAGGUGAAACUUAACUGCAAUCCAGUCCCUUGUUUAAAUGAUGUGUUGUGAUCUUAUGAAUAGGUGAAACUUAACUGCAAUCCAGUCCCUUGUUUGACUGAUGCGUUGUGAUCUUAUGAAUAGGUGAAACUUAACUGUAAUCCAGUCCUCCCUUAUUUGACUGAUGUGUUGUGAUCCUAUGAAUGGGUGAAACUUAACUCCAAUCCAGUCCUCCCUUGUUUGACUGAUGUGUUGUGAUCCUAUGAAUAGGUAAAACUUAACUGUAAUCCAGUCCUCCCUUGUUUGACUGAUGUGUUGUGAUCCUAUGAAUAGGUGAAACUUAACUACAAUCCAGUCCUCCCUUGUUUACCUGAUGUGUUGUGAUCCUAUGAAUGGGUGAAACUUAACUGCAGUCCAGUCCCUUGUUUGACUGAUGUGUUGUGAUCCUAUGAAUAAGUGAAACUUAAAUGCAAUCUGGUCCUCCCUUGUUUGACUGAUGUGUUUAGAUCCUAUGAAUAGGUGAAACUUAACUGCAAUCCAGUCCUCCCUUGUUUCCCUGAUGUGUUGUAAUCCUAUGAAUGGGUGAAACUUAACUCCAAUCCAGUCCUCCCUUGUUUGACUGAUGUGUUGUGAUCUUAUGAAUAGGUGAAACUUAACUGCAAUCCAGUCCUCCCUUGUUUGACUGAUGUGUUGUGAUCCUCUGAAUAGGUGAAACUUAACUGCAAUCCAGUCGUCCAAUGUUUGACUGAUGUGUUGUGAUCCUAUGAAUAAGUGAAACUUAACUGCAAUCCAGUCCUCCCUUGUUUGCCUGAUGUGUUGUGAUCCUAUGAAUGGGUGAAACUUAACUGCAGUCCAGUCCCUUGUUUGACUGACGUGGUGUGAUCCUAUGAAUAAGUGAAACUUAACUGCAAUCCAGUCCUCCCUUGUUUGCCUGAUGUGUUGUGAUCCUCUGAAUGGGUGAAACUUAACUGCAAUCCAGUCCCUUGUUUGACUGAUGCGUUGUGAUCUUAUGAAUAUGUGAAACUUAACUGCAAUCCUGUCCUCCCAUGUUUGACUGAUGUGUUGUGAUCCUAUGAAUGGGUGAAACUUAACUGCAGUCCAGUCCCUUGUGUUACUGAUGUGUUGUGAUGCAGUCCCUUGUGUUACUGAUGUGUUGUGAUGCAGUCCCUUUUUGGACUGAUGGUAACUUCUUUUUUUUUUAUUUUUUUUUUUUUGCUUACAAUCUCAACAUAUUUUUAGGAACUUCAAUAAUGUUAACUAAUAUUUAUGUUUUUCAGGGAAUCUCUAAAGCAAGUGUGUUGUAUAUGCUUAGGAAUGCUCUCUAUGAUUUUGGUAACCCUUUUAUUCGACUGAAGACUUUCUGCUUUGGUCUACACUCUCGUGCUUUCAUGACAAACUUCACUGUGUUAAACUUGAAGCAGUGCUGCCUUUGGAUGUAGACGAUAUUGGCAGCUGACCAGAGCUGCUUUUCGUCAAAGCGCAGCAAACUACAGCAAAAUUUUAAAAAUAAUGUUUUAAAAAAAUUUUAAUAUAUACCUGACGCCCUUUUCUCCGCAUAAUUUUAUUAACUUUAGAAUAAAAAGUGCACCCAUGUUAGCAUAAAAAUGAAAUUGAAGUAAUGUAGAUUGCAACUUUUAGUUUUCAUCAUUAGAGGUUUCACCGUCUCAGUUCAUGGUUAAUAUAUUGCAUGUCAGAGAAGAUAUAUUUUUUUUUGUUUUUAAUUUUUUUUUUUAUUGCUUAGGAUAUAAGAGUAAAUUGGUGUAACCACCACACAAGGCAGUGGUGAUUGGGAAAAUAUGCCAAACAUAUAGGCUUUGUCAUUUCUAAGACCGGAAAACGUCAUAGCGUACUAUUUUUAGAAGGUCCGUGGACAAAUAUUGCUUAAAACAUGGCAGCUUAUAGUGUGUUUCAGCAUAUCGUUCGGGCGAUCCUUUUAUCUAGAGUUACUGUUACUGUUAUAUAUGACGUUCACGCAAUGAAGUUGCAUUUGAGAAAACAGAAGUGAAAAAAAAAUGUGUAAAAUAUUUAGUAAAAUAGAGUUGAGUUGUAAACAAGUUUCAGGGACACUUGGCUAACAUAGUAAUACUGAACAGUGUUGACAUUUUGUCCGCGCUGAGUACCCGGAUGAUCAGUAAUGGUGACAUCAGUUCUAUUAAUAGAUUUCCGCCAUUAAAUGACAAGCCCUAUUGCAGCAUCAUGAAAAAUUACCUGAUCAUUAAAGUACAGUUAGUCAUCAUGAUUGGGAAGAGGUAAAAUUUGGACACCGUAUUAAAAUAAGGAGCACUUUUUUUCCCAAUGUAAUUUGCAUUCAUUGAAUUUGCUGGAAAAUGAUGCUUUACUUGGAAGCAGUAACAAAAUAAAAUAUAAACACUUUUGCCCUGCAUCAAAACAUUAAAAUAUAUUAUAGAAUUUGACUAUGAAGAUCCAGAUGAUCCAAUACUUUACCAGGAAAAAAAUGUUUUGAGUUAAUUUUUUAAACCAGAUUUGGAUACUGCAAUUUUCAAUGAAUGAUUGAUUUUUACUGUUAUCAUGUCACUGCGACUUAUUUGUAUUUUGUAUGAGAUUAAAAAGCUCAAGAAAUCCUUCAAUGAAAAAGAUGUUUUCAAAGAAUGCAUUGACCUUUAAUUUAAAUCAGAUUUAGCAUCUGAAAAUGAAGAUUCAGCAGACAUUAUUAAUGCAACAUAACUGUGUGAUGGGUUAUUUGCUCUAUCAUGAAGAAUAAGAGAAAAAUAUCAAUCCUCAGAUGUAUAUUUUUAAUAUUAGUACUAGACAAUCACUGUCUAUUGGGCUCCUUGCUCCUUUUUCCAAAUGUGUAUUGGUAUGUGGUGAUGCAAAUUUUGCUAACACUCAAUAACAGUUGUGAAUACUGAGAGAAGCUUCCAGAGGGCCAAAAUCAAAUUUUUAAAAAAAUCAUCUCUUAAUUGUCUGUAGAUUGAUUUGUUGAUAUAGUUACAAUAUCAAAUGAGAGAAAAAUUGCAAUGGAUUUGGUUUCGAACAAAAUAGUUCAGGAUAUUGUAUCUGCAAGAGCUAUAAAGUGGCAUUUUUCUUGAAAUAACUGUUAAAUAAUUUUUUUUUAUAUUUGCCCUUGCAGGAAUUGUUAUUUUUAGUAUUCUUCAGAAGCAAGAAAAAACAUGUUAAAUCAAAUAUUAAAUAUUACAACCAUUAAUGCUAUUACAAAUUUGCCAAUUUAAAAAUUUG